GCAUUCCCAGCCUUGCCUCGGGUGUAGGGAUUGCAAGGGAAAAGCAAAACUACACGGUGUAGACCCUGUGUAGUUUUGUUUUUUGGGUUAUAACGAGGCCCAACCGUUCUCACCUUGGAUUUUCUGGAAACAUUUUGGAUAAGAGGAUUGUUGCUGAGGCGCUAGACACCUGGGCACAGUCCCAUCAAGUGUAGGCAACCUUGUGAUACAAGGUGCCUUCUAUCAUGUCAACACAAGCUCCAACAUUUACACAGCCGCUUCAGAGCGUUGUGGCACUUGAGGGUAGUGCCGCAACGUUCGAGGCUCAAGUUAGUGGUAAUCCAGUUCCAGAGGUGAGCUGGUUUCGUGAUGGCCAGGUUCUUACUGCUGCCGCUCUGCCCGGCGCUCAGAUCUCGUUCAGCGAUGGCCGCGCUGUUCUGAUGAUCCCUGCCGUGACAGCCGCACACAGUGGAAGAUUUUCUGUCAGAGCCACCAAUGGUGCUGGACAAGCCACUAGCACUGCUGAACUGCUGGCUACAGCGGAAACUGCUCCACCAAACUUCAUUCAGAGACUUCAGAGUGUAACUGUUACACAAGGGAGCCAAGUGAGACUGGAUGUUCGAGUUACAGGAAUCCCUACACCUGUGGUGAAGUUCUACAGAGAGGGAGCCGAGAUUCAGAGCUCUGCUGACUUUCAGAUUGUUCAAGAUGGAGACCUUUACAGUUUGUUGAUUGCCGAGGCCUUCCCAGAGGAUUCUGGAACCUAUUCUGUCAGUGCUUCUAACAGCAGCGGACGCACUACCUCUAACGCUGAACUUCUGGUUCAAGGUGAGGAGGUUGCAGUGCCUGCAAAGAAGACUAAGACUUUUGUUUCAACUUCUCAGAUUUCACAGACUCGCCAGGCUAGGGUUGAAAAGAGAGUGGAGGCCUCCUUUGAGUCCACAACCACAAUGGAAAUGCUGAUAGAGGAUGGUGAUUUGGCUCAUAAGGCUCCACCUCGUGUACCUCCAAAGCCGACCUCCAAGUCCCCAACUCCUCCAAUAGGAGUGUCAAAGGUCACAGCUCCACGUCAUCAGUCACCCUCUCCUGUGAGGCCUGUUAAAGCUCCUGUUCACACACCUCACAGGCCUGCUUCACCUUCAAGACUGUCUGUGUCUCCUAUCAGACCAGUGAAGUCUCCAGUGGCUACAUACAAACAAGCAGCCCAGGGUGCAGAAGUUCCUCCUCCAUGGAAGCAGGAGGGUUAUGUUGGAGAGUCCAGCUAUACCAGCAUGGCUACUGAGACCUCUUAUGUCCAGUCCUCCUCUACAUUUGUUCACAAGGAACAGCAGUGGGAAGGUCAUUUGCAGCAACAAUCCAACGGAGUCAAAGAACUUGAGACUGCAGCAAUCCCAUCCAUCACAAAAGAGCAAGUGAUGCCGCCAACUAUAGUAGCUGCUUUGAAGAAUGUGACUGUCACAGAGGGAGAAACUGUUGCUCUGGAAUGCCAGAUUUCAGGUUACCCUAUUCCAGCCAUUAUGUGGUUCAGAGAAGAUUACAGAAUCGAGAACUCCAUUGACUUCCAGAUCACUUAUGAAAAAAGUUAUGCCCGCUUGAUGAUUCGUGAGGCCUUUGCUGAAGAUAGUGGCCGCUUCACUUGCACUGCUACAAGUGAGGCUGGAACUAUCAGCACCUCCUGCUACCUGCUUGUCAAAGUCUCAGAAGAAAUUGAAAGUCGUGAAGAUUUCUCUAAUGUCCCUGAGCACAUUGAAAUGUCUGCUCAGCAAAGACAGGUUGCAAUUGAAGCCAAAGAGGAGACCAUGUCUGAAAUAAGUGCUGUCUCUGAACCUGUGGAGGCUGGAGCUGGUGUUGCUCCAUUCUUUGUGAAGAAACCCACAGUGCAGAAGCUUGUGGAGGGAGAUAGUGUAGUAUUUGAUUGCCAGGUUGGAGGUACCCCGAAGCCUCAUAUUUACUGGAAGAAGAGUGGAAUUCCUCUUACUACUGGAUACAGGUACAGAGUAGCCUACAAUAAGGACACAGGAGCAUGCAAGCUUGAGAUCUCCAUGACAUUUGCUGAUGAUGCAGGAGAGUACACCAUUUUUGCUAGAAACCCACUUGGAGAAACCUCUGCUUCAGCCAUACUGCUUGAUGAAGAGUCAUAUGACCAAUAUGUGAAGAAACAGGAAGAUACUUUCAAGACAGAAGUGCCUACUAUUGCAGAGGAGCCAAAAGUUGCUGAUGUACCUGCUGCUUUUGAAACAGUAACCGAGAAAGAGCAAAUGCUCAUGCAGAGGAGAAUGGCUCAACAAACCCAGAUGAUGCAGUCUUUCAUUUCAGAACAGGAGUUCCAGAUGUCUAGCUUGGAGCAGAGAUUCAUCCAAGAAGUUGAGUUCCACCUACUCAAGAUUACCUAUCAGGAGCUGGUGACUGAGGAUGGGGAACAGCUGGAUAUGAGUGUUUCUGAACAUGAUGCUGUUUCUCCCAUCUUUAAUACUCCGGUUAAAGGUUACAGACUUAGGGAGGGAAUGAGUGCAACGUUCCAUUGUAGGAUGUCAGGAACCCCUCUACCUAAGAUUGUGUGGUACAAAGAUGGCAAGCGCAUCAUACAUGGAGGCCGCUAUCAGAUGGAGGUUCUGCGGGAUGGUAGAGCCAGUCUGCGCCUUCCUACUGUGCUAGCAGAAGAUGAGGCUGUCUAUACUGCUUUGAUUAGUAACAUAAAGGGUAAUGCUGUCAGCUCUGGAAAGCUGUAUGUGGAGCCAGCUGGUGUAGCACAAACACAGCUUUCUCAGCCAGGGGCAGUUCAAAGAAUCAGGUCCACAUCACCACGCUCCACAAGUCGUUCUCCUGGCCGUUCUCCAUCUCGUAGGCUUGAUGAGACAGAUGAGGCCCAGCUUGAAAGACUCUACAAACCAGUGUUCGUACAGAAGCCCUCAUCCUUUAAGUGCUCUGAGGGACAGACAGCAAGAUUUGAUCUGAAAGUAGUUGGAAGACCCAUGCCAGAAACUUACUGGUUCCACAAUGGACAACAAGUGGUCAAUGACUACACUCACAAGAUUGUGGUAAAGGAGGAUGGAACUCAGUCAAUGAUUGUGGUUCCUGCCAUGCCUCUGGACUCUGGAGAGUGGACAGUUGUUGCUCAGAACAGAGCUGGAAAGACAACUGUUUCUAUGACUCUCACUGUUGAAGCCAAGGAAAACUUGGUGAGACCACAGUUUGUUGAGAAGCUAAGAAACAUCAGCGUUAAAGAAGGUACCUUGGUUGAGCUAGCUGUUAAAGCUAUUGGCAAUCCUCUUCCUGACAUUGUUUGGUUGAAGAAUAGUGAUAUCAUCUCCCCACAUAAACAUCCACAUAUUAGGAUUGAGGGUGGUAAAGGAGAAGCUCAAUUCAAGAUACCAUCAAGUACAGGUUCUGACAGUGCAUGGUACACUGCUACUGCUAUCAACAAAGCUGGCAGAGACACCACACGAUGCAGAGUUAAUGUUGAGGUGGAUGCAGUAAAGCCUCAGCCCGAGAAAAAGCUUGUCAUUCCAAAAGGAACCUACAAGGCUAAAGAAAUUGCUGCACCAGAAUUAGAACCACUGCAUCUUCGCUAUGGUCAGGAACAGUGGGAAGACGGUGACCUCUAUGAUAAAGAGAAGCAACAGAAGCCUCACUUUAAAAAGAAGCUUACAUCAGUCAGGCUGAAGCGAUUUGGGCCUGCACACUUUGAGUGCAGAUUGACACCUAUUGGUGACCCGACCAUGAUUGUUGAGUGGCUGCAUGAUGGCAAGCCAUUGGCAGCUGCUAACAGGCUACGCAUGGUCAAUGAGUUUGGCUAUUGCAGUCUUGAUUAUGAAGCUGCUUAUUCCAGAGAUAGUGGUGUCAUUACUUGCAGAGCCACCAAUAAGUUUGGAGUUGACCAGACCUCUGCUACACUAAUUGUUAAAGAUGAGAAAAGCCUUGUUGAGGAAACUCAGUUGCCAGAGGGAAGGCGAGGGCAAAGAAUAGAUGAAAUAGAGCGUAUUGCUCAUGAGGGUGGUCCAUCUGGAGUUACUGGAGAUGAUAACCUUGAGAAGACUAAACCAGAAAUUGUGCUACUUCCAGAACCAGUAAGAGUUAUGGAGGGGGAGACGGCUAAAUUCCGCUGUAGGGUGACUGGAUACCCUACUCCAAAAGUCAACUGGUACCUCAAUGGACUGCUUAUCCGCAAAAGUAAAAGAUUUAGGCUUCAAUUUGAUGGUAUUCACUACUUGGAAAUUGUAGACACCAAGUCUUAUGAUUCAGGAGACGUCAAAGUUUCUGCUGAAAACCCUGAAGGUGUUACUGAGCAUGUUGUGAAAUUUGAGAUCCAGCAGAAGGAGGACUUCAGAUCAAUCCUGCGCCGUGCUCCUGAGUUUAAGGCUCCUGCUCCUGCACCAUCACAAGAGCAUGGUAGAGUUUCAUUUGAGGUUGUCAAAGCUGAGAAAUCAUCUGAUACCUCUAAAGAACCCAAAGAAGUGGUUAAGCUGAAGAAAACUGAGAGAGUGAUUCAUGAGAAAUUAACAGAAGAAACAGAGGAACUAAGAAGCAAAUUUAAGCGUAGGACCCAAGAGGGCUACUAUGAAGCAAUUACUGCUGUGGAGCUGAAGUCCCGUAAGAAGGAUGAGUCUUAUGAGGGUAUGCUGAAGAAGAGAAAAGAAAAACUUCUCCAUCACACCAAAGAACUUGGCCCUGAAGCUGAGAAGAAGAAAGAGGAGGAGGCUAAACUCACUAUUUCCAAACCCAAACCAGAGAAAAUUGUGCUCUCUCCAAGCAUGGAAGCUCCAAAGAUCCUUGAACGGAUCCAGAGCCAGACAGUUGGUCUUGGAGAUGAAGUACACUUCCGUUGUAGAGUCACUGGUAAACCAGAUCCUGAAUGUCAAUGGUUCAAGAAUGGGAUCCUACUGGAGAAGUCAGACCGGGUUUACUGGUAUUGGCCAGAGGACCAUGUCUGUGAAUUAGUGAUCAAAAAUGUGUUAGCUGAGGAUUCGGCAAGUGUAAUGGUCAAAGCCAUGAACAUUGCUGGAGAGACCUCAAGCCAUGCUUUCUUGCUGGUUCAAGGCAAACAAGUUGUUACAUUCACACAACUUUUAGAAGAUCAGGGAGCUAAAGAGAAGGACACCAUGGUGACUUUUGAGUGUGAGACAAACGAACCAUUUGUCAAGGUCAAAUGGAUGAAGAACAAUGCAGAGAUUUUCUCUGGUGACAAAUACAGAAUGCAUUCUGACCGAAAGGUGCACUUCCUGUCAGUGCUGAUUAUUACUAUGAAUGACGAAGCAGAAUACAGUUGUGUGGUUGUUGAUGAUGACCAAAUAAGAACCAGUGCCUCACUCUAUGUUGAAGGUGCACCCCUUGAAAUAGUAAAGAAUCUUGAGAAUACAGAAGUACCCGAGACAUACUCUGGAGAGUUUGAGUGUGUAUUGUCCCGUGAGGAUGCUGAAGGCACCUGGUAUUUUGAGAACAAAGAAAUCACUCCUAGCCUCAAAUACGUUGUGUCUGCACGUCGUGGUCGUCAUAGUCUUUCUGUGAAAGAUGUCAAAAAGGAAGACCAAGGAAAGUACACCUUCAAAACAGGAGAUCUUAAGACAAGCGCAUCACUGAAGAUGAAAUUGCGUCCUGUGACUCUGCUGCAAGGUCUUUCCGACCUGACAAUCUGUGAGGGUGAUAUUGCACAACUUGAGGUGCGAUUCUCUCAGGAAAAUGUUGAGGGCUCAUGGAUGAAGAAUGGUCAGGCAAUCUCUGCUUCCAAUAAGAUUCACAUGGUCAUUGACAAAGUUACCCAUAAGCUUCUCAUUGAGGAUGCUAGUAAGGAUGAUGGAGGAAUGUACUCAUUUGUUGUUCCUGCUCAGGACAUUUCUACAAACGGAAAACUGAUAGUUCAGACUAUUGGCUUCUUGACACCAUUAAAAGAUGUAUCUACUGUGGAAGGGACGAAAGCUGUCCUUGAGGCUAAAAUCUCUGCAACUGAUAUCACUUCAAUAAAAUGGUUCCAAAAUGACAAGCUGGUGACAGCUAGUGAUAGAGUCCAAAUGGUUGUCAAAGGAUCCAAACAGAGACUGGCCAUUAAUCGGACUUAUGCAUCAGAUGAAGGACAGUAUAAACUGAUUGCUGGAAAAGUAGACUCAACGUGUAAACUUUCUGUCGAGCCUGUAGCUAUCAUAAAGCACAUGGAAGACUGCGUUUGCACUGAGACCCAGAAUGUGACUUUUGAAGUGGAGGUUUCUCAUCCUGGCAUUGACGCUCUCUGGACCUUCAAGGGUCAAGCUUUAAAAGCAGGCCCAAAAUACAAGAUCGAGAGCAAAGGUACACACUAUAGUCUUUCUGUUUUGAAUGCCAUGAAGGAUGAAGAAGGGGAGUACAUCUUUAUGGCAGGUGAAAAGGAAUCCAGAGCAAGGUUGAUUGUAUCAGGUGGUGCUAUAAACAGGCCACUUCAUGAUGUGACAGUAGCCGAAUCCCAGACUUCUGUUCUGGAAUGUGAAGUUGCUAAUCCUACAACAGAAGGCAAAUGGCUCAAAGAUGGCAAUCCUGUUGACUUCAGCGAUAAUGUACUAAGUGAAAAUAAUGGUGCUGUCAGACAGCUUGUCAUUGUCAUCACCAGGCCACAGGAUGUUGGGGAAUACACCUAUCAGGUGGCAAAUUCCAAGACAUCUGGCAACCUGAAGGUUGAAGCUGUGAAAAUCAGGAAGACAAUGAAGAACCAAACUGUGACUGAGACCCAGGAGGCAGUAUUCAGUAUUGAACUCACCCAUUCAGAUGUGAAAGGAUCCCAAUGGAUCAAGAAUGGUGUUGAGAUUCAUCCAAGUGAUAAAUUUGAUAUAACAAUCAAUGGCAUGGUUCACACCUUGAAGAUCAAGAACUGUAACACUCAAGAUGAAUCAGUUUAUGGGUUUAAACUUGGAAAACUCUCUGCUAAUGCCAGACUGAAUGUUGAAACUAUCAAAAUUGUGAAGAAACCAAAGGAUGUGACUUCUCUGCUGGGUGCCACUGCCUCAUUUGAGCUCAGUUUGUCCCACGAUGACAUUCCAGUUAAAUGGAUGUUAAACAAUCAGGAGCUCACAACAAGUUCAAAUAUUAAAAUACUGUCUGAGCGGAAAGCCCACAAACUUAUUAUUCAGAGUGUUGAAAGUGACUUGGCAGGUGAAUACAUUGCUGUGAUCGGUCACCUGCAGUGCAGUGCACAUCUUCAAGUUGAACAUCUGAGAGUCACCAGACCUCUGAAGAACAUUGAGGUUCCAGAGACCCAUGUGGCCACAUUUGAGUGUGAAGUUUCACAUUUCAAUGUUCCAUCUGCCUGGCUGAAAAAUGGAGUUGAGAUUGAGAUGAGCGAGAAGUUUGGAAUUGUGGUGCAGGGCAAAAUUCAUCAGCUGAAAGUCAUGAACGCCAGCCAGGAGGAUGUUUCAGAAUACACAUUUAUAUGUGGAAAUGACAAAGUUUCUGCUACUCUGACCAUAAAACCAAUUCUGAUCACAUCCAUGCUUCAAGACCUCAAUGCUAAAGAAAAAGACACCAUUUCAUUUGAGCUAAAUGUCAACUAUGAAGGCAUCACCUACAAAUGGCUGAAAAAUGGAGUAGAAAUCCGAUCUAGUGACAGAUGCCAAACUCGCACCAAACAAUUCACUCACUCUCUCACUAUCCGAAAUGUACACUUUGGGGAUGUUGGAGAGUACAAAUUUGUGGCUGGAUCUGCUGAAACAUCUGCAAAACUCUUUGUUGAUGCUCGUGUGAUUGAAUUCACCAAGCACAUUAAAGAUAUUAAGGUUACUGAGAAGAAGAAGGCUACAUUUGAAUGUGAGCUUUCUGAACCCAAUGUGCCUGUGAUGUGGAUGAAGGAUGGGCAAGAACUCGAGUUGUCUGAAAGGUUUAGAGCCACCACCGACAAAUUCCUGCAACGUUUGAUGAUCCAGACAGUACGUAUGUCUGAUGCUGGUGAAUACUCUGUGGUUGCUGGUGCAAGUGUUUCAAAGGCAAACCUCGUAGUGGAGGGCAAGGAUGUCCACAUCUCUGAGCCUGCUGAGAAGGACAUCACUGUGGUUGAAAAACAGAGGGCUACAUUUGAAUUUGAAGUUAAUGAAGAUGAAAUUGAAGGCCGCUGGCAGAAAAAUGGUGUUGAAAUUCAAUCUUUUGAUCAGCGCUUCAACUAUGUGACAGUUAGAAAGACACAUCGCUUAACAAUCACAGAAACAUACAGAAGUGAUGCUGGAGAAUACACUUUCAUUGCUGGAAAGAACAGGAGCACAGUCAGUCUGCAUGUCCAGAUCCCUGAGCCUCCUCAGAUCAUCAGGCACAUGCAGCCCCUGUCUUUUGAGGCUGGCAAACCUGCACGCUUCUCUGUGGAGGUGACUGGAAUUCCUCAGCCUCAAGUGUCCUGGUAUAAGAACUCUCAGGCCCUGUCCUCUGGAUUUAAGUGUAAGUUCCAGAGGGAGGGAAAUGAACACACAUUGCUGCUUAUCGAAGUUUUCCCAGAAGAUGCAGCUCAGUAUAACUGUGAAGCUAAGAAUGACUAUGGAGUUGCCACAAGCUCUGCUUCGCUUAAUGUGGAAGUUUCAGAAGUGGUUUCUCCAGACACAGUGGCUCCAGUGUCUGCACCUGUAAUCAUUACCUCACUGCAAGAUACCUCUGUUGAAGAGGGAGAAUCAGCCCGAUUCCAGUGCCGUGUUUCCGGAGAUGAUUUGAAAGUUACCUGGUAUCGCAGAGAUAAGGAAAUUGUGAUGUCUGACAACUUGCAAAUGACUCAGUUUGGUGAUACCUGCCAGCUCGAUAUCUCCAGAGCAUAUGUUGCAGAUGCUGGUGAAUACACAUGUGUUGCACGCAACUCUGGAGGAAUGGUCUCCUGCUCUGCAGUUUUGACGGUCAAUGAUCACAGUGUGAGCACAGUAGCUAGUGUUUCGACUCAUUCAGAGAUGGUCACCUCCCAGACCAUGACUGAGACUCAUUCUUCCACUAUGCAAAGUUUUGAAAGUGUCUCUACGGUGAUGAUGUCCUCAACGUCUGUUAAAAGCAUAGAGGUCCAACAAGUGACCUCUGUGGAAGAAUAUUCGACGAGCCCUGUUUUGACCCUGCAAAUGAGCGAUGUCAUUGUCAGCCUGGGUGACGUGGCUCAGUUCAACUGUUCAUUCAGUGGACAGCCAUUUACUGAAAUUGUAUGGGAUCAAAAUGGAAGGACAAUCACAAAUACUGAAAGGGUGCAGUAUGCACAUCAGGCCGGGCUCAUUUCUCUUGUCAUACUCAAUGUCCAUCAUGGGGACCAGGGAAGUUACUGCUGUACUGUUAAAAAUAGAAAUGGCGAGAGCCGAACAUCUGCACAGCUCACAGUGGAAGCUAAAGAAGCGAACCCCAAAGAAACCCCUGUACCCUCCGAUUCUAUCAGUAAAUCUGCUAAAACUGAAAAUGAAUCAAGUAAAAAGGCCACUGACCAAGAAAAGGUGGAGUCCUUUCAGAAUGUUGGAGCCCUGACAACAAAGUGGCAGAUAAGCCAUCAUUACAAUCCUGAUGUUGUACCUUUGUUGGAGCGUGACAAAUAUGAUGCAAUGCAGCCAGAGUUCCUUGUGAAACUGUCCCCAGAAUUCCUUGCCAAACAAAGGGAAAUUGAUUCUAUUUAUUUUGUAAAAAAAGGAACCCCCUCUCCAUUCAUUGUAUGGCUAUACAACCAGUUGAAUGUUGAAGAGCCAAGGUCAUACUCCUUGAAACAUGACGGGCCUUUGUGCUGCUUAAAUGUUAAGAAUGUCGUUACUGAGCAAGGGGGCUCAAAUUCUUGCAAAGUUAUCAAUGCUGCAGGGGACAAAACAUGCAGCACUCAUCUCAAAAUGAAGACAGUAUCUACAGUGGAUGAGGAGGCCAGUUAUGAAGAGGAAGCUAAAGUGCCUCCAGUUUUCAAGAAGAAGAUUUGUAACACGGAGAGCAACAUUAGCAACCCAGUGAAGUUUGAAUGCGAGAUCGAAGAGACAUCCAAUGUCACCUUCAAGUGGUUCAAGUCUGGCUCAGAGAUUAGACAGAGCGACAAGGUCAGGAUCAUCAGCAGGCAAACCACAUCAUCCCUGGAGCUCCUCAGCCCAACAAAAGAUGACACUGGUGAAUACAGCUGUCGUGCCUCAAACAAACACGGUAGUGACACCUGUUCUGCUCAGCUGAACAUCACUGCAUCAGAACCAGCCCGCUUUUUGAGGAAACUGAGCAACAUUUCCAUCCCAAUGAGCCAAAAGUUGACACUUGAGUGCAAAUUCACUGGAGACCGGAAAUUGUUUGUGACCUGGUACAAAGAUGGCAAACAACUCUAUGCAUCGUACAGAUACAAUACAACAGUCACAGAUAACUCGUGCACUCUGGAAAGCCUUCAUGAAUGUGACAACACCACCACAGGGAAAUAUUCUUGUGAAGUUUCAAAUGCCUUCGGAAGAGAAAUUUGCCAUGCUACUGUGACUGCAGUGACUGAACCUGCCCGCUUUGUGAAGAAGUUGACAGAUAUGUCUAUUCCAAUGAGCAAAAAACUAAGGCUUGAAUGCACAUUCACUGGAGCUCCAAAAUUGUUUGUCACUUGGUACAAGGAUGGCAAACAGCUCUAUGCGUCCUAUCGAUACAACACCAAAGUUACAUCAAACUCCUGCAUCCUGGAGUGUCUUCAUGAGUGCAACAAUGAGACUACAGGAAGAUACUCAUGUGAAAUUUCAAACAUUUAUGGAACAGAUAAAUGUCAUGCUCAAAUAGUGGCAGUCACAGAACCUGCUCGCUUUGUGAAGAAGUUGACAGAUAUGUCUAUUCCAAUGAGCAAAAAACUAAGGCUUGAAUGCACAUUCACUGGAGCUCCAAAAUUGUUUGUCACAUGGUACAAGGAUGGCAAACAGCUCUAUGCAUCAUAUCGAUACAACACCAAAGUUACAUCAAACUCCUGUAUUCUGGAGUGUCUUCAUGAAUGCAACAAUGAGACUACAGGAAGAUACUCAUGUGAAGUUUCAAACAUUUAUGGAACAGAUAAAUGUCAUGCUCAAGUAGUGGCAGUCACAGAGCCUGCCCGCUUUGUGAAGAAGUUGACAGAUGUGGCAAUCCCAGUCACUCAGAAACUGAGACUUGAGUGUACAUUCACUGGAGCACCGAAGAUGUUUGUCACAUGGUACAAAGAUGGAAAGCAGCUAUAUGCCUCAUACAGAUACAACACAAAGGUCAUUGGGGACACUUGCGUUUUGGAAUGCCUCCAUGAAUGUAACGAUGCUACUCCUGGAAAAUAUUCUUGUGAAGUAUCAAAUUCCAUUGGCACUGAUAUCUGUCAUGCCAAUAUAACUACAUUUACAGAACCUGCCCGAUUUGAGCUGAAGCUUAAGGACAAACAAGUCGCCAUGAGUAAAAACCUGAAGCUUGAGUGCACAUUUACCGGAGCUCCUAAAAUAUUUGUCACCUGGUACAAGGAUGGCAAACAACUAUAUGCCUCUUACAGAUAUAAUACUACAGUUGUUGGAAACACCUGCACUCUAGAAUGUCUACAUGAAUGCACUAAAGAAACUCCUGGGAAAUACUCAUGCGAGGUGUCUAAUUCUUAUGGAAGGGAUAUCUGUCAUGCUGAAGUGACCACUUUCUCUGGACCGGCUCGUUUUGUGAAGGCGCUCACUGACCAGAGUCUUCAGCAGGGACAAAAGCUGAGGCUUGAAGCCUCCUUCACUGGAAUUGGAAAAAUCUUUGUCACAUGGUACAAGGAUGGCAAACAGGCCUAUGCUUCAUAUAGAUGCAACACAAAAGUAAUCGGAAACACUUGCGUUUUGGAAUAUCUUCAUGAGUGUGAUGAGAAUACUCCUGGAAAAUAUUCUUGUGAGGUUAUGAAUGAAGAUGGAUCGGAUAUUUGUCAUGCGCUGGUUACCCUUGGGACAGAGCGCAAAAUUCCACCAACCUUCACUAAGAAACCCUCAGAGCAUAUUGAGGAUGCAGAGGGAAAAUCCGUGAAGCUUGAGAGUCGUGUGUCUGGGUCACAACCUCUGUCUGUAAUCUGGUAUAAAGACAACAAAGAAAUCAACACUUCUGACAUCUAUGACAUUUCCUUCAAGAGCAAUGUGGCUGUGAUGUGUCUCGGGAAAGCCACAGUUACUGACAGUGGCGUUUAUACAUGCAGCGCUUCUAAUGAAGCUGGCACUGCCUCCUUCCAGGUGGUGGUUAACAUCACAGAGCAAAAAAGGCCUCCAACCUUUGAUAUUCCCCUCAAACCAAUGACAGUGAGUGAGGGUGAAAGGCUAAACCUUAGCUGUCAUGUGUGCGGGUCUCCCCCAGUGAAGAUUCAGUGGAUGAAGGACAGGAGGGAGGUUACUUCCUCUGCUAGCACCAAGAUGACAUUUGUUGAUGGUACAGCCACCCUAGAGAUAAACCAAGCAUCAAAAACUGAUGCAGGAGAUUAUCUAUGCAAGGCAACCAACAACGCUGGCAGUGAAUUCUCAAAGACCAAAGUCACAAUCAAAGAUAAAGCAGGUGUAGCACCUGCAGCAGCCCCAGCAGCUCCCACAACACCUCAGGCAACUAAAAAACUGGAUAACUUGUUCUUCAUUGAGGAGCCCAAGAGCAUUCAUGUUGUUGAAAAGGGUACAGCUACCUUUAUUGCAAAAGUUGGGGGUGAUCCCAUUCCCAAUGUGAAAUGGAUGAAGGGCAAAUGGAGGCAGAUGACUCACGGUGGCCGCAUCAACAUUCAACAGAAAGGCCAAGAGUCUAAGCUGGAGAUCAAAGAGGUGACCAAAUCUGACUCUGGCCAGUACAGAUGUGUCGCUUCCAACAAACAUGGAGAAAUUGAGUGCAGCACUGACUUGAAUGUUAAUGAAAAGAAAGAGUCUGGGCCAGAGGUGGUCAAACUGAAGAAGACUCCAUCAAAGCAGAAAAGUCCUAAGGAAGAUAAAGACAUUGACAUUGUUGAGUUGCUAAGAAAUGUAGAUCCAAAAGAGUAUGAGAAAUAUGCUCGCAUGUACGGCAUCACAGACUUCCGGGGUCUCCUUCAAGCUAUUGAGUUUCUGAAGAAGGAGAAGGGUGAAGAAAGUGGAAGACCGGAAGGUGAACAGGGAAGAGAAUUUGAUGAGGAUUUGGCUAAGCUUGUGUCUGAUUUGCAGAGGAGAAUGGAAAACAGUGAACCUGUUACCCUGCUUAAAGACAUCACAGAUCAGACAACGCAAGUUAACAAAGAGGCAGUGUUUGAGUGUGAGAUUAAAGUCAACUAUCCAGAAAUUACACUGGCUUGGUAUAAAGAUACACAGAAGCUAGAAUCUAAUGAUAAAUAUGACAUUAAGCUUGUGGGAGACCGUCAAAUAUUGAAGAUCAAGAACUGUCAGACCAGUGACCAAGGAAAUUACCGUGUCGUUUGUGGGCCACAUAUAUCCAGUGCCAGAUUGACAGUGUUGGAGAGUCAAGACCGUGUGCAAAAACCAUCACCUGCUGAUCAAAUUCAAUUCACCAAGCGCAUUCAAAAUAUAGUGGUGAAUGAGCGUCAGUCUGCCACUUUUGAGUGCGAGUUGUCUUUUGACAACGCAGUCGUCACCUGGUAUAAAGAUGCAUGGGAGCUCAAAGAGAGCCUGAAAUAUACCUUCAAGUGUGAGGGACGAAGGCACUUUAUGAUCAUCCGUAAUGUAACAGCUGAAGAUGAAGGCGUGUACUCUGUGAUUGCGCGCCUGGAGCCCGUUGGUGAAACUAAAAGUACAGCUGAGCUUUAUCUGUCAGGAAAAGAAUUUGAAAUAAGAACACGUUCAUUCGAUUUUCCUGAUACAUCGAUACAUGUGCCUGAUGUAUCAUCUGUGAUUAGUUUAAAAGAUGAAUCCUCAGAAUUUCACUAUGAAGAGAAGUUUGAAACUACAGAGUGUCAGAACUGGACAUUUCAAGAGGAGAGCAUUACUUAUGAAUUCUCUUCAUUGCAAGAAAUGAAGAAACCCAUUGAGGAGACUGUAACAAAACGUGUUGUGGAAAGGACAGAAGAGGCACCUAAACAAGUUAUGAUGGAACCAGAAGAGAAACCUGAAACAACCUUUGUAAAGCCUACAGUUCCCGAGAAAGAACCUGAAGUCAAGAAACCUGUUGAGGAAAAAGUCUCUACUGUCAUGGUGACAAAGCAAAAAGAACAACCCACACAGAAAGAGCCUAAAUCUCAGAUGACAGCAGAACCAAAGGCUCCAGUGACUGAAUCAAAGCCUGAACCCAAAUCUGAGCCAAAAGCUUUACCGAAACCUCAGUCAGAGCCCAAGCCUGAACCUAAAGCUACAUCAAAGGCUGAGCCCAAGCCUGAACCUAAAGCUACACCAAAGCCAGAGCCCAAGCCUGAACCUAAAGCUACACCAAAGCCAGAGCCCAAGCCUGAACCUAAGACUGAACCAAAGCCUGCUUUGGCACCCUCUGUCAAAGUUCCUGAAGCUCCAAAGAAGCCAGAAGUUGCACCUCAAUCAUCUUUAGCUAUUAAAAAAGAUGCAAAGCCAGACACUGCUCAAAUAAAAGCUCUUGUGGAGAUGAAAGAAAUAGAAAUACCACAAGAAAAGCUAGAUAGAAAACCAGAACCUGCAGUUGUUGCUGCUGUGCCUCCAAAAAGAGAAGUCUCUGGACUAACACCUGAUGAAUCUAUCAAAGAUCAUUCUCCUGUCCUCUACGAGCCAUCAAGUGUACAGCCUGCUAGUCGACCUAAACCCACACUACCUGAGCCAGUUAAACAAGUGGUUAUAACAGGUCCAUCAGAAGUUAAAAUUGAACCAACAAGAAAGCCUCCAACCCAAGAAGUUUCCAAAGAAGAACCAGUCAGAAAGGUUGAGCUUUCAUCUAAGCCUUCAGAGUUACCUAAAAAGCAAGUUCCACCAAAGAGUGAACCAACCCCCAAAAUCAGUGAGCCAAAACCUGCUCAUCCAGAGAAAGUGGUUGAAGUAAAGGCUGCAGAACAACCAUCUGAGAAAAAGCCUGUGACUAAAGCAAAAAUGGAGACAGAGAUGCCCCCAGCCAAAGUCUUUUCAGCCUCUGAGAAGAAAAUUGACCAGAUUCCCUGUACUGUGGAAGUUACAAAGAAGGCUUACAUGGAGGAAAGGCUUUUGAAAGAGAAAAUUGUGGAAGACAUGCCUCGUCAACUUCAGGAUUUAUUUUCUCAUCAUGAGCAUGUUGUAAAUGCAAGUCAUCACAGUACAAUAUCACCAUCUGAAAACGUGAGGAUAAUUGAAAUAGAGCUUCCCCAGAAGCCAGAACCUUCGUUUGAACUAAUAAAAAUAGAAGAGAUGUCUGAGAUGAAGCAGACAAAACAAGAAAUCCUCAUUGAGAAAAAGGAAAGGAAAUUAGAGAAAUCUACUAUUGUAAUAUCUCCAGAAGCUGUGGUGGAACCCAACAUUAAGGCACCAUUAAAAGAGCAUGACACUGUGGCAGAUAAAAAGAAAAUAGCUAAAGAUGUCUCUUUACAAAACAUAGAUGACAGCCCAAGAAAAGAGAUGGCCAGUCAGAGAGAAAUAGAAGUUCAUAUGCAAGAAUAUGUUCAUGAAAAGAAGAGAUACCAGGAAGAAACCUCUCAGACAUCACCGGUAGUAAUGCCAAAGGAAACUGGAACAAAGUUGAAGGAAGUGCGUAACGCACUUGAAAGAGAUGAGAAGACCCAGGCUGUGUCAGAACAUGUUUCAGAAGUUGUAUCAACUAAAAAAGAAUCAGAAAUAGUGAAGAAACCUGAACCAGAUGUUUCUAAGCCAGCUGUGGCUCCAGUUGAACAGAAAACACCACAUCUGCAAAAAGAGCCAACUGUUGAAAGGAAACCAUCUCCCGAGGCACCAAAGCCAAGUGUGGCUUCAAAAGAGCCAAGUGUUGAAAAGACCUCAGUUCCUGAAGAACCAAAGCCAACUUUGGCUCUGGUCGAAAAGAAAAUAAUAUCUCCUAAAGAGCCAGCUGUUGAAAAGAAAGCAUCUCCCGAGGCACCAAAGCCAACAGCAACUCCAGUUGAACAAAAAGUCUCUCCUCCCACAGAUGCAGGCAAGGGCCCCGUUUCAGCUCCAGGACCCGCUCCCAAAGAAACAACUAGCACCACACAAGCACUUCUUAAGCAGCAAAGUAAAAUUCACAUUCAAGAAGAUGGAAAAAUUGAAAUGGCAACUCUAAAGAAAGUAACCAGAAGAUCAAAGGAACAUCAGGAAGAUCGUGAUGUUAUAUCACUUAAGAAAUCUAGCAAAAUUCACCAUGAAGAAACAUCAACAGAAGCAGAAACGCUUCGAAAUGUUGAGAAAGCUGAGAUAGUUGGAGAAGAGAUGAAGUAUUCAGAAGCUGUUACUGAAGUCAAACUUACUAGCAGUUAUGAAGCCACUGAAGAUACUUGGUCCUAUGAAACAUCUACAGAAGAUGAGAAACUGUCUAAGUGUGAAGAAAAGAGAGAGGAGUACAAGGAUGUGAGAGGGAAGAAAGAAAUGACUUUUGAAAUAGGAGUAAAAGAAGAGAAAUUUAAAGGUAAAAAGGAAACUAAAAUUCCAAAAGAAAAGGAACAUGAUAUACCUCAACCAACUCUGAAAAAGGUAAUCAGACCAAUACCAGCUGAGAAAGAACAGGAGACUGUGAAAUUAAAACCUGUUGAGAAACCAGAUAAAGCUGUUGCUAGUCCACAGAAAGACAGCAACAUUGACAGAAGCAAAGACAGUAUUGGUGUCCAACAACAUGAAAGACUUGUAAAAGACGAGCCUCUUUCAAAGAAGAAAAUAGAAGUGGCAGCCACAGAUCAAAAAGCUAAAAAAUCUGUAAUGCCAAAAUUAUCUGUUGCUAAAGAUGAAAUUUCUGAACAACUUAUGAAAUUUCCAAAGAAAGGAAGGGGAAUUCUACCACAAGAUGAGAAGCCAGAAACUUUUACAUUAAAACCGUUUUCCAAAGAAUCACAUGCUGAUGUAACUGCUGAAAAAGUUCCUAAUGAACAAAAAGAGAUAAUUGAUGUUAAACAGCCAGAGAAAUUAGUACCACAUCAUAAAUUAAAGGAUCCUCACAUUCAGGUAAAAGAACCAGGACAAAGUGAAAAAUUAAAGAAAGAGCUCGAAAAGAUCAAAAAGCUAGAGGCGCCGCAUGAGAAUCUCCCAAUGAAGAGCACUUCUACUCCAGAAAAAAGUACACAGGAAGGACCCAAGGAAGAAGAGAAGGCAAUGAUCAAAAAACAUGCAAUUAUUCCAGUGGAUAAAGCAAAAAAAGAAGAAGUAUCAUUGAAACCUUUAGAAGGAAGAAAAACUGCAGAAAAAACUCCAUCACCAAAGGCAGAUAAACCAAGUCCUCAAGUCACAUCACUGAUUAAAAAGAGUCCAAAAAGCGAUGAUAAAACUGCAAUGUCAAUAAAGAUUGGUGCUACACCAAAGAAAAUGGAGGAUAAGAAGGAAAUAUCAUUAAAGCCUCUGGAACCUGAAAAGAUAGAAAAGACUUCCUCGCCAAAAGCUGAGAUUUCAAAACCUAAACCCACCGAAGGAAUUCCAAUGGAAAGAAAAUCUACAGCAAAAUCACCCCAGAAGAUUUCACCAAAAGAUUCAAUUGAGCCUGUAAUUUUGAAGAAGGUCCCAAAGGCAGUCUCCCCCAAAGAAGAACAGACGAUCAAGGAACCUCCUUUGAAAACAAAUAAAGGCAAGGUGCCAGUGGUGAAGGAGUUGUCACCUAGUGUUUUGGAGCUACAAAAGAUUCCUACGCAGCAAGAGGAGGUGGUUUUUGAACAUGAGCAGGAUACAGUGGAUGAUGAAGAGGAAGAAACUUGGGGAUGGGAACUUGCUCCUCGGGACAGUUAUGGAUCUGAAACCUAUGAUGACAUCUUGGAGGAUGGGGUUGUGGAAACCCCAGGAAUGGGUGACAAGAAAGAUGGAAAGCCAAAGGAGGAACCAGCCACAGGCAGAGGCAGAGGACUAAGACCAAGACAAACUCCAUCUCCUGGUGAUGCUGGACGGGGUAGAGGAAAACCUGGUGGUGGUGGUGACAAGCCACCUGGAGAAUCACCAUUUGGUUUCCAACUCAAAGCCGUCCCCUUAAAGUUUGUGAAGGAGCUUCAAGAUAUUGUGUUGCAAGAGGCUGAGUCGAUUGGCUCCUCUGCUGUAUUUGAGUGCCAGAUUUCUCCAUCUACUGCUAUCACCACUUGGAUGAAAGACGGAAGCAAUAUCAGGGAGAGUCCAAAGCACAAAUUCACAUCUGAUGGCAAAGAUCGCAAGCUGCAAAUCAUUGAUGUACAGCUUUCAGACACUGGGGAGUACACUUGUGUUGCAAAGCUUGGCAACAAGGAGAAGACCUCAACUGCUAAACUUGUAGUUGAAGAAUUACCUGUGAAAUUCACAAAGAAUCUGGAAGAAGAGACCUCCGUGCUCAAGGGACAGCCAAUGUAUUUGACCUGUGAAUUGAGCAAGGACAAAGAUGUGGUCUGGAAGAAGAACGGAAAAGAGUUGAAGGAGAUUCCUGGCAAAAUUCAAAUCAAUAUUAUUGGCUUACAGCGUGCCGUCACAAUCCAGGACAUGAACGAUGAUGAUGCUGGUGUUUACACAUGCGAGUGUGAAAACAUCAAAACUGAAACGAAUGUCAAGGUUAUUGAGAUCGUUAGGGACUGGUUAGUGAAACCAUUGCGGGAUCAGCAUGUGAAACCCAAGUCCACUGCUACAUUCAAGGGCGAGCUCUUCAAGGAAACCCCGAACUGGAAGUGGUACAAGGGUAAUGACGAAAUCCCUAAUGAGCCUACAGACAAGACUGAAGUGAAGAAGGAGGGAAAAGAGAUCACCCUUACAAUUAAAAAUGCCCAACCUGAUGAUGUUGCUGAGUAUACUGUAGAGGUUGAAGGCCGCAGAUAUGCAGCAAAGCUAACACUUGGAGAACGUGAAGCUGAGAUCCUGAAGCCUCUUGCUAGUGUGGAGGUGGUUGAGAAAACUGAGGCCAACUUUGAAACUGAAAUUUCUGAGGAUGAUGUGCCUGGAGAAUGGAAACUUAGAGGACAGGUUCUGACAAGAUCACCGACAUGCGACAUGAGAUCUGAGGGAACAAAACGAUUCCUCACGAUCAAGAAUGUUCAGCUCGAUCAGGCUGGCGAAGUUACAUACCAAGCUCUUAAUGCCGUGACAAGUGCUAUGCUCAACGUGAAAGAGUUGGAAAUGGAGUUCACAGUCCCACUGAAAGACGUUACUGUGCAUGAAAAGAAACAGGCAAAGUUUGAGUCCACCAUCAAUAAGGAUGUAUCUAAAGUGAUUUGGUUUAAAGGUUCUGAUAUUAUUACACAAGGAAAUAAGUAUGAAAUCCUUGAUGAUGGAAAGAAACACAUACUCAUUAUAAAUAACUGUGCCUUUGAGGAUGAGGGAGAAUACAGUAUUGAGGUCUUGGGAAAAUCGUCAAAAGCAAAAAUGAUAGUAGAGGGUAUGAGGCUGAACUUCACUUCAACAUUAAAGGAUCUAACAGUGAAGGAAGGUAAAACAGCUGUAUUUGAGCUUGAGCUCUCUCACGAGAAUGUCGCUGUGACAUGGUACAAAAAUGAAAUAAAAGUGCAUCCAAGCAGAACUGUGUUCACCAGUGUGGUGGGAAAGAAACAUACACUAGAAAUAAAGGAAGUAUCACUAGAUGAUACUUGCCAAAUAAAAGCAGAAGCUAAAGGAAUAUUCACAACGGCUAAGCUGCUGGUGAUAGAGGGCGAUGCAUUUUUUAUUGUCAAGUUACAAGAUUACACUGCAGUGGAGAAAGAUGAAGUCACAUUUGACUGUGAGCUCAGUAGGGAUGUUCCUGUGAAGUGGUUCCACAAUGAAAUUGAAAUUAAAGCCUCCAAGAUGGUUACCAUGAAAGUCGAAGGCAAACGAAGAAUCCUUAAUCUGAAGAAAGUUGAGAACAAAGAAAAAGGAGUAUAUGUUUGCGACUGUGGAACAGACAAGACUUCAUCCAACCUAAACAUUGAAGCUCGUGACAUCAAAGUAGUUAGACCAAUUUAUGGUGUCGAGCUCUUUGAUGGUGAGACGGCACGUUUUGAGGUGGAAAUCUCCGAAGAUGAUGUCCAUGGCCAGUGGAAACUGAAGGGCGAUGUCUUAUCUUCUUCACCUGAUGUUGAGAUUAUUGAGGAUGGGGCAAAACACACAUUAACACUCUACAACUGCAGAGUCUCCCAGUCUGGAGAGGUUACCUUCCAGGGAGCAAAUGCUAAGUGUUCUGCAAAUCUUAAAGUUAAAGAGUUGCCCAUUUCAUUUGUCAUGCCUUUGAGCGAUGUACAAGUCUAUGAGAAAGAUGAAGCAAGAUUUGAGAUUGAGUUGUCAAGAGAAGCUAAAACUGUCCGCUGGCUAAAGGGAUCUCAGGAGUUGAAAGUUGAUGAAAAGUUUGAAAUCCUCGCAGAAGGGAAAAGACAUAUUUUAGUGGUCAAAUCUGUUGCCUAUGAGGAUGAGGCCAAGUACAUGUUUGAAGCCGAGGACAAGAGAACAUCUGCCAAACUUGUUAUUCAGGGCAUUCGUCUGGAAUUUGUCAGACCCAUUAAAGAUGUCACUGUUAAAGAGCGUGAAACUGCAGAGUUUAGCAUUGAACUCUCGCAUGAGAAGAUCCAAGUCACCUGGUACAAGAAUGAUGUUCGUCUGCAUCCAAGCAAAGUGGUGCACAUGUCUGAGCAUGGCAAGAUUCAUACUCUGUCCUUCAAAGAGGUGUCUAUUGACGACACAUCUCUCAUUAAAGUUGAGGCUCUUGGAAAAACCUCUGAGGCAAUGCUCACUGUACUUGAGGGAGAACCUUACUUUACCACCAAGUUGCAGGAUUACACUGCAGUCGAGAAGGAUGAGGUUGUCCUGAUGUGUGAAGUGAGCAAAUCAUCUGCUCAGGUGAAAUGGUUCAAAGACACCAACGAGAUCACUCCCUCUAAGAACGUCCUCAUCAAGGCUGAUGGAAAGAAGCGUAUCCUGACAGUAAAGAAGGCAGAAAAGGGAAACAUUGGCGAAUAUGUAUGUGACUGUGGCUCUGACAAAACCGCAGCCAAACUUAACAUUGAAGAACGUGAUAUUAAGAUAUCACGUCCACUGUACAGUGUGGAGGUCACAGAGACGGAGACUGCUCGCUUUGAGACUGAAAUCUCUGAGGAAGAUGUUCAUGGUCACUGGAAACUCAAAGGAGACGCCCUGCACCAGUCACCUGACUGUGAAAUUAAGGAGGAGGGCACCAAACACAUGCUUAUCCUUUACAAUGUUCGUAUGGACAUGGCUGGUGCUGUGGACUUCAGUGCUGCUAAUGCUAAAUCAACUGCACAGCUUAGAGUAAAAGCACGCACAAUUGGCCUUCUGCGACCUCUACGUGAUGUCACUGUCACUGCGGGAGAGACUGCCACCUUUGACUGUGAGCUCUCCUAUGAAGAUAUUCCUGUUGAAUGGUUUGUUGGCUCAACAAAAAUGGAGCCAAGUGAUAGGGUGGUCACCAGAGCUGAAGGAAGACUGCAUUCUCUGACCCUGAGAGAUGUCAUGAUGACAGAGGCUGGGGAAGUGAAACUUACUGCAAAAGACUUUGUGACCCAGGCCAAACUUACCGUCAAUGAGCCACCAGUUGAGUUCUCCAAGCCCUUGGAAGAUCAGACUGUUGAGGAGGAAGCUACUGCCAUUCUGGAGUGUGAACUAUCCAGGGAAAAGGCUGACGUGAAGUGGUUCAGGGAUGGACAGGAAAUCCGUAAAACCAAGAAGUAUGAGAUGGUGGCAGAGGGACGCAUAAGAAGACUGAUCAUUAAAGACUGUAGCCUUGAUGAUUCCAAGACAUAUACCUGUGAUGCAAAGGAGUUUAAGACAUCUGCUUUCUUAAAUGUUGAACCUCCAUUCGUUGAAUUCUCUAAGCCUCUUCAUGAUGUUGAGGUUAUGGAGAAGGAAUCCGCUAAGUUUGAAUGUGAAGUGUCCCGUGAAAGUGCCAAGGUUCGCUGGUUCAAAGAUGGUGCUGAAAUCAGAAAAGGCAAAAAGUAUGAGAUUAUUGCCAAGGGAUUACAGCGUAUUCUCAUCAUUAGCAAGGCAGUGUUUGAUGAUGAAGCAGAAUAUGAAUGUGACGCAAGGACAUCCAAAUCCUCUGGAAUGCUGACAGUUGUUGAGGAGGAAGCAAGAUUCUCAAAGAACCUGGCCAAUGUUGAGGGCACAGAAACUGACAGCAUUAAGAUGGUUUGUGAGGUCUCAAAACCCAGUGCAGAGGUCACAUGGUACAAGGGUGACCAGGAGAUCCCUGAGGGUGGUCGAUAUGAACAUGUUGCUGAUGGAAAAAAGAGAAUUCUCAUCAUACAGGACCUCCGUAUGGAUGAUGCUGGAGAGUACCAUUGCAAGCUUCCUGCUUCGGAAACAACAGGAACUCUAAAGAUCAGUGAAUUGGCAGCUGAAUUCAUUGCCAGACCCCAAAACCAAGAGACAGUUGAAGGUGAAAAGGCUGAGUUUGUUUGCUCAGUGUCCAAAGACAACUAUGAAGUUAAAUGGUUCAAAGGAGACAAAGAACUUACAACGGAUGAUAAGUAUGAAAUCAUCGUUGAUGGCAAGAGGAGGGCCCUUGUCGUUAAAAACUGUGAGCUGAAAGAUGAGGGUGCGUUCACUGCCAACAUUGGCUCUGUAAAGGCGUCAGCAAACUUGUUGGUGAUUGAAAAACUGAGGAUUAUCACUCCCAUCAAGGAUACCCAAGUAAAGGAAGGACAAGAGAUUGUUCUCAACUGCGAGGUGAACUCAGAGGGUGCUAAAGCCAAAUGGCUGAAGAACAAUGAGACAAUGUUUGAGAGUAGCAAGUUUGUGAUGGCUCAAAGAGACACCGUGUUCUCGCUGAGAAUCAAAGCUGCAGAAAAAUCAGAUGAAGCCACUUACACCAUUACACUGACAAACCAACGCGGAGAGCAAGCCAAGUGCUCUGCUAACAUCAGCGUACAGGAGGAAGCCCUCAAGAUCAUUGAGCCACUGGAGGACUGUGAAAUAGAAGAAAAGAAAACCAUUACUUUCACUUGCAAAGUGAACAGACCAAAUGUGACAGUUCAGUGGAUGAAGGCUGGUCAAGAGAUCACUUUGAGCAAACGUAUUCUGUAUCGUGUGGACAAGGACAAGCACACUCUGACCAUCAAGGACUGCAGUCUUGAAGAUGAAGGUGAAUACACUGUAGUUGCUGGUGCUGACAAGGCCACAGCCGAACUGAUCAUCAGUGAAGCUCCCGCUGACUUCGCCGCUCAGCUCAGAGACCAAACCAUCACUGAGUUUGAGGAUGCUGAAUUCACUUGCAAAUUGUCUAAGGAAAAAGCCCACGUUAAAUGGUACAGAAAUGGACGUGAAAUCAGAGAAGGACCAAGAUAUCAUAUGGAAAGAGUUGGAAAAGAAUGCAAGCUCAUAGUCAAGGAAUGCAGACCAGAUGAUGAAUGUGAAUAUGCCUGUGGAGUGGAAGACAAAAGGUCAAGGGCACGUCUCUUUGUUGAAGAGAUCCCAGUUGAGAUUGUCAGGCCACCUACAGAUGUGUUUGAGCCCCCAGGAUCAGAUAUUGUGUUUGAAGCUGAACUAAAUAAGGACAGAGUUGAGGUCAAAUGGAUGAGGAACAACAUGAUCAUUGUCCAGGGUGACAAAUACCAGAUGAUCAGUGAGGGCAAAGUUCACAGGCUGCAGGUCUGUGAGAUCAGACCCCGUGAUCAGGGAGAAUACAGAAUAGUUGCCAAAGAGAAAGAUGCCAGAGCCAAGCUUGAGCUUGCAGCUAUUCCAAAGAUCAAGACUACAGAUCAGAACCUUGUAACAGAUGCCGGGAAACCUUUUGUCAUGGCUGUUCCCUAUGAUGCUUAUCCUCGGGCUGAGGCUGAAUGGUUUUUCGAUGACAUAAGCCUACCAGGGCAAAACAUCGACACAUCCAAUGAACGGACAGAGUAUAGGCUAAAGGAACCCAAGAAGUCAGACCAGGGCCGUUACAAGAUAGUCAUCAAGAACAAACAUGGAGCUGGAGAGGCUUUUAUUAAUUUAGAUGUAAUUGAUGUUCCGGGACCUGUGAAGAACCUGCAUGUUGUUGAUACUGCGGAUGGUGAGGUCAGCCUCGCUUGGGAAGAACCGGAAAGUGAUGGUGGAAGUAAGAUCUUGGCUUAUGUAGUUGAAAGACGAGAUAUCAAGCGCAAGACCUGGACAAUGGCUACAGACCGUGCAGAUAUUCCAGAGUACUGUGUUGGUGGAUUGCAGAGAGACAACAUGUAUUUCUUCCGUGUAUGUGCUCGGAAUAGAGUUGGAAAUGGGGAGACCGUUACAACAGAUGAGGCAGUUCAAGCCAAGAACAAAUUUGAUGUGCCAGAUGCACCUCAGAAGUUUAUGGUUGGAGUUGUCAAUAGGUUUGGUGCCACAGUGUCUUGGGAACCACCACUUUUUGAUGGAGGAUCUGAGAUCACAUCUUACAUAAUUGAGCUUCGAGACAGAACCUCUGUGAAAUGGGAGCCUGCAAUGGUUGUUAAAGCUGAGGAUCUCACAGCUACACUCAGUGAUGUUGUUGAAAACAAGGAGUACAUCUUCAGGGUUAGAGCUGAGAACAAAGCUGGAAUUGGCCAGCCAAGUGCUGCCACAGAUCCAGUCAAGAUUAUGGAUCCAAUUGAGAGGCCAAGUCCACCUCUGAACUUCAAUUACACAAAUCAAACUAGAGACUCAGUUCAGCUGUCAUGGGAAACUCCCAUCAGCAAUGGAGGCAGCAUGAUUACAGGUUACAUCAUUGAGAAAUGUGAAGAUGGCACUGACAAGUGGCUAAGAUGUAAUGCUAGACUUUGCCCUGACCUGUAUUAUAGGGUUUCUGGACUGAAGUUUGGUCAGAAGUACCACUACAGAGUAUGUGCAGAAAAUGCUGCUGGUGUGUCUGAACCAGCUGAUGCAAUUGGGCCACUUUUGGCUGAUGAUCCUCAUGUGGGUCCUACCAUCGAUCUCAGUGGAUUCAAAAAUGGUUUGGAAGUCAUUGUGCCCAAUGCUCUUAUCAUCAGAGUUCCUAUUACGGGAUAUCCCGUACCCAAACCCAAGUGGACAUUUGGUGACAAAGAGCUCACUGUUGGUGAUCGUGUUUCCAUGGUCACAAAGCCUACAUACACUGAACUGGUUGUCGCUCCAAGUGUUCGUCCAGACAAAGGAACAUACACCCUACAAUUGGAAAAUGAUGUGACAUCUGUAUCUGGAGAGAUUGAAGUCAAUGUUAUUGCAUGUCCAAGUGCACCCAAAGACUUCAAAGUCGCAGAGGUGACAAGACAUCAUGUCCAUCUAAUGUGGGAAGCACCAGAACAUGAUGGAGGCAGCCCUGUAAGUGGGUACAAUGUUGAGAAAAGAGAGGUCUCCCGCAAGACGUGGGUCAAGGUGAUAUCUGGUGUACAGGACCUUGAGUACACUGUCACAGAUGUCAUUGAGGGCAAGGAAUACCUGUUCAGUGUUAUUGCUUGCAAUAAAUGUGGACCAGGAGAGCCAGCAUACAUUGAUGAACCUGUGAAUGUGUCCUCCCCAGCAACUGUGCCUGACCCUCCUGAGCACCUAAAAUGGAGGGACAAAUCAGCAAAGAGCAUCUUCCUGCUCUGGGAACCUCCCAGAUAUGAUGGUGGUGCAGCUGUCAAGGGUUACAUUGUUGAUAAAUGCCAACGUGGAACUGACAAAUGGGAGGCCUGUGGAGAUCCCAUACCUGAGCUUAAGUUCCAGGUGACUGGUCUUAUUGAAGGUCAGUGGUAUGCCUACCGUGUAAGAGCAGUAAACAGACUUGGAGCCAGUCGACCAUGCAAGGCUACAGAUGAGAUCCUUGCUGUAGAUCCUAAAGAGCCACCAGAGAUCCAGUUAGAUGCAAAGCUUCUGGCUGGUUUAACUGCCAGGGCUGGCACUAAGAUCGACCUACCUGCUGAUGUGCUUGGCAAGCCAGAGCCACGAGUGAAAUGGACAAAAGCGGACCUUGUUUUGAAACCAGAAGAAAGAAUUACUAUUGACACAAAACCUGGUCAUUCCAUGCUUUCCAUUGCAAAUACAACUAGAUCUGACACAGCCACAUAUAUUAUUGAGGCAGUCAACACUAGUGGCCGUGCUACUGCAACUGUUGACGUCAACAUUCUUGACAAACCUGGCCCUCCAGCUGCUUUUGAUAUUUCUGAAAUUACCAACGAGUCCUGCUGUCUGGCCUGGAAUGCCCCCAGAGAUGAUGGUGGCUCCCCGGUUGCUAAUUACAUUGUAGAGAUGAGGCCCACAGACAAAGAGGAGUGGCAAAAACUGUCUGCUACAAUCAAACAAACUGCGUUUAAAGCAACCAAACUGGUGCCUUUGAAGGAAUAUGUCUUCAGAGUUUCUGCUGAAAACCAGUAUGGCAUUGGUGCUCCUGCGGAGCAUGUGCCUAUUGUUGCAAAGUAUUCAUUUGAUACUCCUGGGGCACCAACCAGGGUUCAGCCUUCUGAUAUCACAAGAGAUGCUGUUACUUUGACUUGGUAUGAGCCCGAUGAAGAUGGUGGAAGUCCCAUCACUGGUUACUGGGUUGAGAGGUUUGAUCCUGAAACUGACAAAUGGAUCAAGUGUAAUAAACUGCCAAUUAAGGACACAACAUUCAGGGUGAAAGGCUUGCCUACAAAAAAGAAGUACAAGUUCCGUGUUUUGGCUGAGAAUCUCGCAGGACAAGGAAAGCCUAGUGUUGAGACUGAUCCAGUUUUGAUCAAGGAUCCAAUUGAUCCUCCCUGGGCUCCUGGAAAACCAUUUGUCAAGGACAUUGCAAAGACUUCAGCAGACCUGCAGUGGAAUAGACCUGAGCAUGAUGGUGGUGCUAAGAUCGAGUCCUACAUAAUUGAGCUUCAAAAGACUGGCACUGAGGAAUGGGUCCGUGUUGCUGAGGAUGUGCCAACAACAGAGCAUUCAUUGAAGGGUCUGAUGGAGAAACAGGAGUAUUCUUUUAGAGUGAAGGCCAUCAAUGUUGCUGGAGAGAGUGAACCUAGUGACCCAAGUGACCCGGUUGUCUGCAAAGAGAGACUUUAUGUUCCAAAUCCUCCACGCUGGCUUGAGGUGGUUAACAUUACUAAAAUCAACUGUGACCUUAAGUGGACUGAACCAGAUAGUGAUGGUGGCUCUCCAAUCACCAACUAUGUUGUUGAGAAAAGAGACGUUAGACGCAGGACCUGGCAGGCUGUGGACACCACCGUGAAAGAUACCAAGUAUACUGUCACUCCACUAAGUGAAGGCUCUCUUUAUGUGUUCCGUGUGGCUGCUGAGAAUGCAGUUGGCAUAAGUGAGUUCUGUGAACUAGAGGACAGUGUUUUGGCCAAGGAUACUUUCACAACCCCUGGACCACCAUAUGCUUUGACUGUUGUUGAAGUGUCCAAGAGACAUGUUGAUCUGAAAUGGGAGCCACCCAACAGUGAUGGUGGAAGACCCAUCACAAAGUAUGUUAUUGAGAAGAAGGAGAAAGUAGGCACACGCUGGGUAAAGUCUGGAAAGACAUCUGGCCCUGAAUGCAAGUACAGGGUGACUGAUGUUGAUGAAGGCACUGAGGUGCAGUUCCAGGUCCGUGCUGAGAAUGAAGCUGGAGUCGGCCACCCGAGUGAACCUACUGUUAUUAUGACUAUUGAGGAUGCCAUAAGUCCACCUUCUCCUCCACUUGAAGUCAAGAUUGUUGAUGCCAGCAGAGAGCACAUCAACAUUACAUGGAAAGUUCCAGAAAAGAAUGGAGGAAGUCCAAUCACAGGCUACCAUGUUGAGCUGUCUGAAGCUGAAACUGAGAAGUGGAUGAGGAUUAAUCCUCGCCCUGUUAAAGAGCUCAGGUUUAAGGCUGAGGAAGGCAUAAUUCCUGAGAAAAAAUAUGUUCUGAGAGUUCGUGCUAUCAAUGCUGUUGGAGUCAGUGAUCCCUCUGAAAUAUCAGAUGGUGUCUUUGCCAAAGACCCAGAUAGUGCACCAACCAUUGAUGUUGCGACCCAGGACAUUGUAGUUGUUGAGGGUGAGAAGAUGGAUAUAAAAAUCCCAUACAGAGCAAUACCAAAACCAUCCAUGGUCUGGAAAAAGGGUGAUACUGAAUUGAAGACUGAAGACAGGCUGACAUUAACUUGUGAACUUAAUCGUGUUCACCUGGAGCUUCUCAAGUGCAAACAUGAAGAUGCUGGCGUGUACACGGUUACACUUGAGAAUAGUCUGGGUUCAGUAACUGGCACUGUUAAUGUAACAGUGAUUGGCCUGCCUGGACAAUGUAAAGACAUCUCUCCCAGUGAGCUCACCAAGAACUCUUGCACGAUUUCCUGGGAGCCUCCAGAGAAUGAUGGUGGUAGUCCAAUCUUGCACUAUGUUCUGGAGCGUAGAGAAUCUCAGAAGAAGACAUUUUUACCUGUGAUGUCUGGAGACAAUGUUUUAAGCUUUGUGGUCAAAGAUCUUAUGCUCAAUAGUGAAUAUCACUUCAGAGUGAAGGCUGUUAACAAAAUUGGCAGUGGCGAAUUUCUUGAACUCCGCAAUCCUGUCAUAAUAGAAGAACAAAAACAACAUCCAGACCCACCAAUUGAGGUUGCAGGAGUCAAUCCGACCUCAAAUUCAAUCACAGUUACUUGGAUGGCACCACCAUAUGAUGGUGGAUGCCCAAUCACAGGGUACAUUAUUGAGAAGAUUGAAAAAGAUGGUGACCGAUUUGAAAGAUGUGUUCCAAAUCUGGUGCCUGGGUUCUCUUAUACUGUCACUGGCUUGACAGAAGGAAAAGAAUACCAGUUCCGUGUCCGUGCAGAAAACAUUGCUGGUGCAAGUGACCCAUCUCGCAGUACACCACUGAUUAUGGCUGCUGAUCCUGUUGAUCCACCAAAAGUAACACUCUUUGCCCGCAUUGCAUCUGGCCUUAGUAUCAAAAAGGGAGAGGAGAUUAGAUUGGAUGCUUACAUAUCUGGUUCUCCCUACCCAACUGUGACAUGGCUUAGAAAUGAUGAAAAUGUCAGGCAGCCACCAGCUAAGAAGAAACCAGAAAUUGUGAAGAAGAAAAAGAAGUCUGUUCAACCUGAACCAGAAGAAGAAUUCCAUCCACCACUUUUAGAUCGCCUGUCAUAUGAACAAACCAAAAAGGGUGAGACUGCACUAAUGGUGCGUGAUGCCAUCAGAACUGACCAUGGAAAUUUCACUAUUAGAGUUGAGAAUGCCCAUGGUUUUGCAACAGCAUCUUGUGAUGUCAAUGUUCUUGAUAAGCCUGGCCCCCCUGUCAACUUUGGAUUUGAUGAGAUCAGGAACACCUCAGUUGUUUGCACCUGGGAUGCACCUCUUGAUGAUGGAGGUAGUGAGAUCAUCAACUACAUACUGGAAAAGAAAGACAACACUACUGAUGAUAUUGGAUGGGUAACUGUGACCUCGACCCACAAGGGAUACAAUUACCCUGUAACCAAGCUUAUUGAAGGAAAAGAGUACAUCUUCAGAGUCACCGCUGAAAACAAGUUUGGAUGUGGACAUCCAUGCUACUCUGAACCACUUGUUGCAAAGAAUCAAUUUGAACCACCUGAUGCUCCCAACAUGCCAAGAAUUGGAGAGGUCACCUCUAGCACAGUUGCUCUUAGCUGGCAUGAGCCAAAGGACAAUGGUAGCCCCAUCUUGGGCUACUGGGUUGAGAGACGUGAAGUCAACAGCAAAUACUGGAUCAGAGUGAACAGCAAUCUUUUGAGUGCAUUGAAUGUUAAGGUUGAGGGUCUUAUGGAAGGCCUUGUCUACGUCUUCAGGGUCUGUGCUGAAAACUUAGCUGGCCCAGGAGAAUUCAGUGUACCAACUGACCCCCAGGCAGCAAUGGAUCCAAUAUUGCCCCCUGGCCCACCUGUACCAAAAAUUGUUGAUGUCACAAAUACAACUAUUGAUAUCAGUUGGCAACCUCCAUUGUACAAUGGUGGUGGAGAAAUCCUUGGGUAUCAUGUUGAGCGCUGUCUGGUUGGAGAGAAGGACUGGGUCCGCUGCACUGAGUUUAGAUGCAAAGACCGCAAGUACACUGUAACUGGACUAACUGAGGGAGCUGAUUAUAACCUUCGUGUGUAUGCUGUAAAUGAAGGUGGGCAUGGAGCCCCAGGCAUGACAGAACCUGUUCAGGCCAAAGAACCUGAAGAGGCUCCAGGAGUUGAGUUUGAUAUCUCUGUAAGGAAUGGAGUCAUCAUUAGAGCUGGAGAAACAUUGCGUCUCCCUGCUGUUGUUACUGGACGACCUGUACCAGAGGUUAAGUGGACAAAGGAUGGUGCAGAGCCAGACAAGGAACAUGUAGUUAUUGAUGCAGAAAUAAAAAGCAGCACUUUAAGCAUCAAAAAAGCUUUAAGAACUGACCAUGGCAUAUACCAGAUCACUGGUACAAACCCUAGUGGAACCAAGUCUGUCUCUGUUAAGGUGGAUGUGAUGGAUGUUCCUGGACCAGUGGUUGAUUUUAAGACAGUUAAUGUGAACAAGAAGAUGAUUUCACUGACCUGGUCAGAUCCUUUGGAUAAUGGUGGAAGUGACAUCAUGGGUUAUGUUGUUGAGAGAAAGGAUGCCAAAAUGCACAUUUACAGACAACCCCUAGAAGUUGCUGCUUGCAAAUGUGACAUUGUUGGUCUUCUUGAUGGAGAAGAAUACAUGUUCCGUGUGGUUGCAAGGAACAAGUUUGGCCUUGGUGCUCCUGUUGAACUUGGCCCUGUUUUAGCAGUGGACCCCAAAGGAGUUCCAUCUGCCCCUGACAAAUUGCGCUACACUGAAAGGACUAAGAAUACCAUUACUCUGACAUGGGAAGCUCCACGUAGCGAUGGUGGUUCUCCAAUCAUAGGCUACUAUAUUGAAAAGAUGAGACAAGACAGCAAUGAAUAUGAUGUUGCUAACCGCAAUCUUUGCAAAGACCUCACCAUCACAUUGGAAAAUCUGACUGAGAACAUGAUGUUUGACUUCAGAGUGAAAGCUGUCAAUGAGGUUGGUAAUGGAGAACCAUCCAAAGCAAUCAGUGUCAAUAUCCAGGAAGAUGAACAUUCACCUACUGUUAAGUGGAUGAAAUUCUUCAAGAGUGAUGCAAUUAUUGUCAAGAAAGGAGCAGCUAUUGAAAUUCCUGCUGAAAUUGUUGGCUUACCCUUGCCUACUUUUGAGUGGACAAAGAAUGGAGUAGUUAUUGACCAACCCACUGAGACAAUGACAUUGGAAUCGGAGGAGAUUAACAGACAAACUAUCAAUACUAAAAUUGGCAUUCCUGAAUCUGUAAGACAAGAUACAGGCAUGUACACGCUAACUGCUACAAAUACCCGUGGAGUAGGGCAACGCACAAUGCGAGUGGAUAUCUUGGAUCGCCCAUUGCCACCAAGAAACAUUGUGGUGUCUGACAUCAAAGCUGAGUCUUGCUACCUUACCUGGGAUGCUCCAGAGGACAAUGGUGGAAGCGAUCUUACCAACUACAUCAUCGAGAAAAGAGAUGCCAGUAAAAAGAAGUCUGACUGGGAUCAGCUGACAUGCUGCAUCAUGGAUAGACGAUAUGGGGUGUACAAGUUGGAGGCCUAUGGUACUUACCAGUUCCAAAUCAAAGCCGAGAACAAAUACGGAGUCAGUGAUGGUUGUGAAUCAGAAAAGGUUGUCCUCAAAGAUCCAUUUGGUCUUCCUGGGCCACCCCAGAGGCCAAGGAUUAUUAGCCACACUCGCUCAUCCAUGGUGGUCACUUGGGAGCCUCCAAAGGACAAUGGUGGCUCAACCAUUCAAGGCUACUGGCUUGAAAAGAGAGAGCGUGGUGCUGUAUACUGGAGUCGUGUUAAUAGGGCACCAGUAACAAAACCAGCCGUCAAGGGCCUGGAAUACAAUGUGCUGCACCUUAUUGAGGGUGCAGAGUACAAGUUCCGAGUGAUGGCUCAGAAUGCAGCUGGUGUUGGACCUCCCAGCGAAGCCACAGAGUGUGUGUUUGCACUUGAUCCAAGAAACCCACCAAGUCAACCACCAGCACCUGUAGUAACAGACAAAUCCCCAAGCAGCGUGAGUCUUUCUUGGACCCCACCAGAUAGAGAUGGAGGAAGUCCAAUAAAGGGUUACAUUGUUGAAGUUCAGGAUGAAGGUUCACAUGAGUGGAAAAGGAUCAAUACACCAGACAAGCUGAUCCUGACUAAUUCCUAUACUGUGCCUGGGCUUAAAGAAAAUAAGAAAUGCAGGUUCAGGAUUGUUGCUGUCAAUGCUGCUGGUGAAUCUGAGCCAAGUCCCAGAACUUCUGAUAUAAUCGUACAGGAUAUUCUGGAGGAACCUGUCAUUACCAUCGAUGUCACAUCUCAGGAGCUUCUGAACUGUCGUGCUGGAACAACCCUAAAGAUUCCAGCCACCAUUUCUGGUAAACCUCUUCCAAAUGUGACCUGGGAGUUUGAUGGAACUGCCCCAUCAGAGAAAAAGAAUGAGCGUCACACUCUGCCAGUGGAUUCAGAUAUAUCAUCCAGUGAUACAACAUCAGUAGUGACAAUCCCUGAAAGUAAAUUAAACCACUCUGGGCGAUACAUCAUCACUGCCAAUAACCAGGCUGGCACUAAAAUCGUUAAAGUUCGCGUGAAUGUGCUUGAUUUGCCUGGAGCUCCUAAAGACAUCACAAUAAGUGACAUCACACGUGGUACAUGUAGACUGAGCUGGAAGCCUCCAGACUGUGAUGGUGGUGACAGAAUUAAGAGCUACUUUAUUGAGAAAAAGACUGUUGAAGGAAAGGCUUGGACAAAAGUCAACCCAGCUUGCACAACACAGUCUUUAGUUGUGCCAGACCUUAUUGAAGGGCAAGAAUACUUGUUCCGCAUAAGAGCUGAGAACCGCUUUGGUUUUGGGCCCCAUACCACAACUAUUCAGGGGACUAUGGCCAGGGAUCCCAUUCAUCCUCCUGAUCCUCCCAUAAGAGUCAAAAUCAUAGAUGUAUCCAAGGGCAUUGUGACUCUGACAUGGAAGCCACCUAAGAAUGAUGGUGGUGCACCUGUGACUCACUACAAUGUUGAGCGUUUGUGGUGGGAUAGCAGUGGAAACCAACAAGAGUCCUGGAGACAGUGUAACCGCCGUGAUAUUGAUACCACUACUUUUAAAGUGGAGGAUCUUCAUGAAGGAGCUGAAUAUGAAUUCCGUGUUAAGGCUGUGAAUGAAAUUGGUGCAAGCAGACCAUCCUCUACAGCAGGGCCAAUUAUUGUUAAAGAUCAGAACAGAGCACCUUUCAUUGAGCUUCCAGAAUUCAUGGAGGUUGAACAGGGCACAGAUGUCCAUAUUGUUGCCAAGAUUAAGGGAUGCCCAUUCCCAACUCUCACGUGGCAAAAGGCUCCACCUCACAAGGGUGAAAACAAGGUUGACGUUGAAUAUAAUGAGCACAUCAACAAGCUUGUGGCUGACGAUAGCUGCACACUGUUGAUCCAGCAAGGCAAACGCUCAGAUACUGGCCUCUACACACUUACAGCUAGCAAUAGCCUUGGCACUGUUUCAAAGGAAAUGAGGCUUAAUGUUCUAGGACGUCCUGGGGCUCCAUCUGCACCCAUCAAAUUUGAGGAAAUUCGUGCUGAACAGAUAACACUGUCAUGGUUGCCUCCGAAAGAUGAUGGUGGCUCUAAAAUUACAAACUACACCAUUGAGAGGCGUGUUGUCAACAGGAAGACUUGGAUACCUGUCACUAGUGAACCCAAAGAGAGAAUAUAUACAAUUGAGAAUCUAAUGCCAGGUCAUGAGUACAUUUUUCGGAUUAGGGCUCAAAACAAAUAUGGUGUUGGUGAUCCUCUUGACAGUGAACCUGAAGUAGCCAGAAAUGUGUUUAUGCCACCUGGCCAAUGCGAGAAGCCAACAAUUUCUAGCGUCACAAUAGACUCCAUGACUGUGAAUUGGGAAGAGCCAGAGUCCGAUGGAGGCAGUCCUAUCACAGGUUAUUGGCUUGAGCGUAAAGAAACUACAUCUAAACGCUGGAGCAGAGUAACUCGUGAUCCAGUCCGACCCAUGCCAAUGGGUGUGUCUCACAGAGUCACAGGACUCAUUGAGGGUUCUCAGUAUUUGUUCCGUGUAAGUGCAAUUAAUGCAGCAGGAGUUGGACCUCCAAGUGAGCCAUCUGAACCAACAUUUGCCAGAGAACCUAUAGCUCCUCCUUCUCCUCCAACUCCUAAAGUCACAGACUGGACAAAGACUACAGCAGACUUGGAAUGGAUUCCACCUUUGAAGGAUGGGGGUUCAAAGAUAAUUGGAUACUUUGUUGAAUACAAAGAGGAGGGCACAGAAGCAUGGGUUAAGGCCAAAGACAAGGAAGUUAGAGGAACUAAAUUUGUGAUCGCUGGACUGAAAGAGAAUGCAUGGUUUAAGUUCAGAGUCAUUGCAUUGAAUGCUGCUGGUCUGGGUGAACCAGGUGAAGUUGCUGAUGCUCUUGAAAUGAAGGACCGUAUAAUUUUGCCAGUCCUUGAGCUGGAUGUUUCAGUAAAGGAAAAGAUGGUUAUUCAUGCUGGAGGUGUUAUUCGUAUCCUGGCUUACGUGUCAGGCCAACCUCCCCCUGUGAUAACAUGGAGCAGAGGUGAAUACCCAGUCCCAUCAGAAGCUGUCAUUGAAACGACCUCAAUCAGCUGCUCGAUGGUAAUUAAAGACUGUACUAGAGCACAACGAGGUGUUUAUACAAUAACAGCCAAAAAUGAUGGAGGAGAGGUGAAGAAGUCUGUCAUUGUUGAAGUACUUGAUGUCCCUGGUCCAGUGGGUGUACCAUUCACAGCAGAAAAUCUUACAAGUGAAUCAUGCAAGUUGAACUGGUUUUUCCCCGAUGAUGAUGGUGGAUCUGCCAUCUCCAACUACAUAAUUGAGAAACGUGAAGCUGAGCGCAAGGCUUGGACUUCUUGCUCCUACACAGCUGGAAGACAAAAUGCUGUAGUAAAUAAUCUGGUGCUAAAAAAGGCAUAUUUCUUCAGAGUUGCAGCUGUAAAUGCAAUUGGAGUAGGUCCUUUCAACCAAACAGCAUGUGAAAUUGUGAUUAAAGAUCGCAUCAAUGUUCCAGACCGCCCAGAUGAGCUUGAGGUGACUGCUAUUACUAAAGACUAUAUUAGUCUGACUUGGAAACCACCUAAAAAUGAUGGAGGAUCUGAAGUGAUAUCAUACAUUCUUGAAGCACGCACGAUUGGCAAGGACAAGUUUGUCAGACUUACUAAAGACAAACUGAUGGAUAGGAGAUACACUUACGAUGGUCUCCGUGAAGGCGACACAUAUGAAUUCCGUGUCAGUGCAGUGAAUGAAGUUGGACCGGGCAAACCAUCAUUUUCCACUAAGCCAAUUACAUGCAAAGAUGAACUUGAACCCCCUACAAUUGAACUGGACUUCCGUGAUAAAGUGGUUGUGCGAGUUGGUGAAAGCUUUGCACUCCAAGGCCGUUACACUGGAAAACCAGCCCCAUCUGUCACCUGGUCAAGGGAUGACAAAGACCUGAAAGCAGACAAUCACAUAAAGUUUAAAAAUACUCUUACCACAAUGUGCCUGGGUAUUGUGAAAGCUCAACGUGGACACAGUGGCAAAUAUUGUGUGACAGUUGAAAACUGUACUGGUGCUCGCAAAGGCAUCUGUAAUGUCAUAGUUGCAGAUCGACCAUUGCCUCCAGAAGGCCCAGUUGUCUUUGAUGAAGUUCACAGAGAUUACAUGGUCAUUUCUUGGAAGCCCCCUCUUGAUGAUGGUGGAUCUGAAAUUUCUAACUACAUCAUUGAGAAGAGAGACGUAAACAGGGACAUGUGGACAACUGUAACAUCUGCCACCACAAAAACCCACUGCAAAGUGCCUAAGCUUGUAGAGGGCCGUGAAUACGUUUUAAGAAUAAGUGCUGAGAACAUGUAUGGCAUAAGUGACCCACUGGAAUCAGAAGAGAUGAAAGCUAAAGAUUUAUUCAGAGUACCUGAGGCACCCGAGCAGCCCACUGUAAAGGAGGUUUAUAAUGAUUCAGCACUGGUUAUUUGGAACCGUCCUCGGGAUGGUGGAAAGCCCAUCACAAAUUAUAUUUUGGAAAGGAAGGAGCCCUCAGCAAAGAGAUGGUCUCGUGCAACGAGAGAUCUAAUCUACCCUGCUACACAGUAUAGGGUACAAGAACUUGUUGAAGGCUGUGAAUAUGAAUUCCGUGUAACAGCAGAAAAUGAAAUUGGCACUGGAGAUCCUAGUGUUCCAAGUAAACCUAUUCUUGCUAAGGAUCCCAUUGUCCUGCCAAGCCCACCUGUUUUGCCUGAAGCUGUUGACAAGACUAAAGAUUCUGUGAGUUUGUCAUGGCGAGUUCCCCGUCAUGAUGGUAAAGGCAAAAUUUUUGGUUACUUGAUCGAGUAUCAGAAGCCAGGUGCAAUCGAAUGGAUCCGGGCAAAUGAAACUCCUGAAUCAUGCCCAGACACCAAGUUUGUUGUUACAAAUCUACCAGAAGGUGGAGAGUUUCAGUUCAGAAUUAUGGCAGUAAAUGCAGCUGGAAAAUCUGAGCCUGCAUAUGUCAAGGAACCAGUAAAAGUUCAUGACAGACUUGAGGAGCCAGAGUUGUUGUUACAUGCCAAUAUGGCACGUGACCACCUUGCCAUGGUUGGGACAGAUAUUACACUCAGUGCUACAAUUAAAGGCAUGCCAAUUCCCACUGUCUCUUGGAAAAAGAAUGAUGGUGAAGUUCCUGCCCAUUGCCUUAUUGAGGUCACAGCAACCGGAAGCAAACUUCACAUUAAGAAGUGUACCCGUGCUGACAGUGGCAAUUAUACCAUCACUAUUCAGAACGCAGCUGGAUCGAAAUCUGCUACAUGCUCUGUUCUUGCUCUUGAUAAACCUGGACCUCCAAGGAAUCUUGCCAUCUCUGAAAUCACAAGUGAAUCAGCUUACCUGACAUGGCAAAAGCCAGAAGAUGAUGGCGGGGCUGUGAUUUCCCACUAUGUUGUGCAAAAGAAAGAUGUAGCAGCUGAGAACUGGGUUCCAGUAUGUGCUGCAUCUAAGAAACUUAGCCUCAUGGCUCAGUAUCUGAUGGAGGGAAUUCAGUAUCUCUUCAGAGUUGCAGCUGAGAAUCAAUUUGGCCGGAGUGCAUUUGUUGAAACUAACAAACCUAUCAAGGCAGUUGAUCCUCUAUAUCCCCCUGGUCCACCUAAGAAUCUGCAUCAUGUGGAUGCAGACAAAACUGAAGUGUGGCUUCAGUGGGAGUGGCCUGAUCGCACAGGUGGAAGUGAGAUCACUGGAUUUAUUGUUGAGCAUCAAGAAGAAGGUGCCACUGACUGGGUUACCUUCAAGACUGUCAGUAAUCCUCAGUGCCAUGUUACUGGUCUCGUGGAGGGCAAAACCUACAGAUUCCGAGUAAAAUCACAAAAUGCUAUUGGCAUUAGUCGUCCAGACACCAGUGUGCCAAUAACGUGUCAGGAGAAAACCUUGGCUCCAACUAUUGAAGUGGAUGUGAAGCUUAUUGAAGGCCUUGUUGUUAAGGCAGGCAGUACAAUACUCCUCCCAGCAGUCAUGUUAGGAAUCCCAACUCCAACAGCCAAGUGGCAAAGUGAAGGAAAUGAGCUUAAAACUGAAGGCAAAUUUAAGAUUGUUACUGAAGGAAAUUCAACAACAUUGGCUAUUAGUGAAUGUGCCAGAACUGACAGCGGAGAGUAUAGUCUUACUGUAUCAAACCCUGCUGGAAGCAAGUCUGUUGCUCUUCAUGUCACAGUCCUUGAUGUUCCAUCUGCUCCAGUUGGCCCUGUAAAUAUCCUUGAAGUUACUCCUGAUCAUAUGAUAAUCCAGUGGCGUGCACCAAAAGAUGAUGGUGGUUCACCAUUGAUGAGCUAUGUUGUAGAGAAGAAGGAUGUCAAAAAGCCUUGGGAACCAUGGUCAGUAGUAAGUUCUGGAGGUACCAGCACAAAGGCUAAAAUUCCUCGUUUGGAAAAGGGGCGUGAAUAUAUUGUGCGUGUACGUGCUGAGAACAAAAUUGGCAUUGGUGCUGGACUUGAAAGUCCCCCUACUAUUGCCAAGCAAAUGUUUGAUCCACCAGGUCCUCCUGGCCAACCAACAUGUUCUGAUAUUACAGAAAAUGCUGUAACAGUAUCAUGGGCCGAACCAGAAACAGAUGGUGGAAGUCCUGUAAGUGGCUAUAUAGUUGAACGCAGGGAGAUGACCGGAAAAUGGAUUCGUGUAAAUAAAACACCAGUGUUGGAUAUAAGAUACAGGGUUUGUGGUCUGUUUGAGGGCAACAGCUAUGAAUUCAGAAUAUUUGCUGAAAAUGUUGCUGGUGUAAGUGAGCCUUCAUAUCCAUCAGACCCAAUGAAAGCAAAACGUCCAAUUACUCCUCCGGGGCCUCCCAGUAACAUUAAGCUGAAGGACUGGAGCAAGUCAUAUGCAGAUUUGGUAUGGACCAAACCUUCCCGAGAUGGUGGCAGCCCUAUCCUAGGCUAUGUUGUUGAAUGCCAGAAAUCAGGUUCUGCACAGUGGGAUAAAAUAAACAAGGAUCUAAUUAAGUUCUGUGCAUUUAGAGUACCUGGUCUUAGUGAAGGCAUAGAAUACAGAUUCCGUAUUAAAGCUUCAAACAAAGUUGGAGAUGGUGAGCCAAGAGAACUCACUGAAACUGUGCUUGCCAAGGACAUUCUUGUUCCUCCUGAGGUGACGGUUGAUGUUGCUUGUCGUGACCUCUUAACAGUAAGAGCAGGCCAGAUCAUCAACCUUGUGACCCGUGUCAAGGGCAGACCUGAUCCUGAAAUCACUUGGACUAAAGAUGCAAGAGUUUUAGGCAGAGAUAAACGCACUGAAAUGAACAAUAACUUCCCUCUUGUUGAGCUGGUAAUUCAGGAAGCUGUUAGAGCUGAUUAUGGAAAAUAUGCAAUUCAGGCAAAGAACAGCAGUGGUCAAGCACAAGCUACAAUUAUAGUCAAUGUGCUUGAUAUUCCUGGAGCCUGUCAGAAUUUGAAGGUUGCUUAUGUGACUAAAGAUUCAUGUAUGGUAUCCUGGGAAAAUCCUGAAGAUAAUGGUGGCACUGAAAUUACUAAUUACAUAAUUGAGUGCAGACAACCAAGUCAAAGAGGGUGGACAGUUGUAACGUCUGACUGCACCAAACGACUUGUCAAAGCUCCACUUGUUCAGAAUUGUGAAUAUUUCUUCCGUGUGAGUGCAGAGAAUAAAAUUGGAGCUGGUCCACCAACAGAAUCCAAAACACCAGUCCUUGCCGUUGACCCAGUUGAGAAACCUGGUGAACCAGAGAACUUCCAAAUCACUGAAAUUGGCAAAACAUUUGUCUUCCUUAAAUGGAAGAAACCAGACUAUGAUGGUGGUAGUCGUAACCUUGCUUACCAUAUUGAAAAGAAGCCUAAAGAAGCAGAUGAGUGGGAAAGAUUACACAAGGGUGCUAUCAAAGAAACCUAUUUCAUGGCUGACAGAUGUAUUGAGAACCAAAUUUAUCAAUUUAGAGUUCAAACUAAGAAUGAGGGUGGAGAGAGUAACUGGGUGACAACAGCUGAAGUUCUUGUAAAGGAGGAACUUGUUCAGCCAGAGCUUAAAGUCAAAAUGGUUGGUACUCUUGUUGUUAAAGCAGGAGAUGCAGUUGCAAUUGAGGCAGAGCUUAUAGGAAAACCUCAGCCUGAUGUUAAAUGGUCUAAAGAAAGUGACACUAGAGAUAUCACCAAAAGCCCAAGAGUGCAGGUUGAAACUGGCACCAACUUCACAAAAUUACUACUCUCAAAUUCAAGACGUGGGGAUACUGGAAAAUACAUAAUCACUGCAACAAAUGCUGCUGGAACCUGUUCUGCUGAGGCCAAGGUGAAUGUUCUUGAUAGACCAGGCCCUAUUAGAGACUUGAAAGUUUCAGAUAUUUCCAUUGACAGGUGCAAGCUUGCAUGGGAGAUACCAGAAGAUGAUGGUGGUUGUGAGAUUUACAACUACAUUAUUGAAAAAUGUGAAACAAAGAGAGGAGUAUGGUCAAUUCAUUCAGCUGCUAUAAUUACCAACUCAGCUAAAGUUACGCGACUUAUUGAAGGCAAUGAAUACAUAUUCCGUGUGAGAGCUGAAAACAAGAUGGGUGCUGGCCCUGCUGUUGAAUCCGAGUCUGUUGUUGCAAGGACCCAGUUUAGUAGACCAGGUGCUCCUGAUGCUCCAGAAGUGACAAAAAUUACAAAAGACACAAUGGUUGUAAUGUGGUGCUCCCCUGAUAACGAUGGAGGGAAACCUAUCACUGGUUAUAUUCUUGAGAAAAAAGAAGAACAUGCCAUUCGGUGGGCUCCUGUUGUUAAAUCUCCAAUUGCAGGGACACAAAUGACAGUUACAAGUUUACUACCAAAUCAUGAAUACCAGUUCCGUGUCAAGGCUGAAAAUGAAAUUGGAGUUGGUGAUGCAAGCAAGCCAUCCAGAUCAUUCACUGCAAGAGAUCCAGUUGAGCCUCCUGGUCCUGUUAGUAACUUAAAGGUUACUGACAGCUCAAAGACAUCAAUUACUCUUGCAUGGACAAAGCCUACAUAUGAUGGAGGUGCUCCUCUUAUUGGAUAUGUUGUUGAGAUCAGAGUCAAGGGUACAGGAAAGAAGGGGGAUGAGGGUUGGAAAAGAUGCAACGUUGCUGCGCAGUUGAUUGGAACAGAAUUCACAGUCUCUAGCCUGGACGAGAAGCUUGAAUAUGAAUUCCGUGUGUCAGCACAAAAUCAGGUUGGCUUGAGUCAGCCAACUAAUCUUGAGGGAGCUGUCACACCAAGAGAAGUCUUGGAGGCCCCUGAGAUUGAUUUGGAUGCAGACUUGAAGAAAGGACUUACUGUUAGGGCAGGAUGCCCAAUAAGAUUAGUUGCAACAAUCAGAGGCAGACCCGCUCCGAAAGUCUUAUGGAGGAGAAUGGGAAAAGAUAAUGUUGUUCAGAAGGGCCAUGUCGAUCUCAUUGACACCAUGACAUUCCUUGUUAUCUCUGAAAGUACUCGUGAUGAUUCAGGCAAAUAUUCAUUGAACGUAUCCAGUACAGCUGGAGAGAAAGCUGUGUUUGUGAAUGUCAAAGUACUUGAUACACCUGGACCUGUUGAUGGUCUUGAAGUUGCUGACAUGACAAUGUCGUCUUGUAACCUCACAUGGUCUCCACCUGAAACUGAUGGUGGCAGUAACGUAACUCAUUACAUUGUAGAGAAACGAGAAAUUGAUCGCAAGACAUGGGCAACUGUGAAAGCUAAUGUUGAAAACACCACAUUUAAAAUGAGCAAUCUCGUCCCAGGAACAGAGUAUUACUUUCGUGUAAUAGCUGUAAACGAGUAUGGUCCUGGUGUCCCAAGAGUUACACCAAAAUCCUAUCUGGCCUCUGAUCCAGUCAGUAAGCCUGAUCCACCACAAAAAGUUGAUGUUCUGGAGAUUUCUAAGAACAGUGCCACUGUUGGAUGGGUAAAACCACUGCGUGAUGGAGGAGCUAAAAUUGAUGGCUACGUUAUUGACUAUCUUGAACUCCCAAUGCCUAAACCUCCCAAACAACCAGUGGAGGUUGAAGGUGAGGCUGAACCUGGUGUAGAGCCUGUGGUUCAACCACCACCUGAACCUGUGGCUGCAGAAGAGGAGAAAGAGGAGAAAAAAGAGGAAUGGACACCAUAUACAGUUGUAAAAGGUUUGAGCAUCUCCAUUGCUGGACUAAAGGAGGGAAGAAAAUACCGCUUCAGAGUGGCAGCAAGAAACUCCAUGGGAUCCAGUCUUCCUACAGAGACCAGAGAAGCUUAUGAGAUAAAGGAGCAGAUGUUUGAACCCAAAAUUAUUAUGACAGAGCUUGUCACUGCAAAAGCGGGGGCAAAACUGAGGGUUGAGGCUCUUGUAUCUGGAAAGCCAGCACCAGCGUGCCAGUGGAAACGAGGAGAAAAUAAUGUUGUCUCAUCAAGUCGUCUUGCUGUGCACAAAUCUCAGAACAUGUGUGUGCUCAUCAUUAAGGAUGUUUCAAGACAAGACAGUGGUGAAUAUAGCCUUGUUGCUGAGAAUUCCACUGGAAAAAUUGAGCAGACUUUGAAAAUCAUCAUCAGAGAUAUUCCUGGACCACCUGAGCCACCAUUUGAGAUCAGUGACAUUGACUCUGAUGCCUGUACCCUAUCUUGGAACAAACCUACUGAGGAUGGGGGUAGCAAUAUCACUAAUUAUGUGGUUGAGAAAUGCGAUGUCAGCAGAGGUGACUGGGUUACUGCUCUUUCCAGCUGUGGCAAAGCUGGCUGCAGAAUAGGAAAACUUAUUCCUGGAAAGGAAUAUAUCUUCCGUGUCCGUGCUGAGAACAGAUUUGGAAUUUCAGACCCGCUUGCAUCUGAAAGAAUGGUUGCCAAGUUCCCCUUCGAUGUUCCUGGUGAGCCUUUGAACUGCCGCAUCAAUAAAGUGAACAAGGACUGCAUGUUUGUGGCUUGGGAUAAGCCAGAGUCUGAUGGUGGCAGUCCAGUUACUGGAUACUACAUUGAACGCAAAGAGAGAAACAGUCUCCUCUGGGUUAAGGCUAAUGAUUCUGUUGUCCGCACAACUGAAUAUCCUUGUGCUGGCCUAAUUGAGGGUCUUGAAUACACUUUCAGAGUAUCAGCUAUAAAUCGAGCUGGACAGGGCAAACCAAGCAAGAAAACUGAGUUCAUCACAGCAAGAACACCUGUUGAUGCUCCUGGAAAACCAGAGGUGCUGGAUGUGACUAAGAAUGCAGUUUCACUGGUUUGGACCAAACCAAAAAAUGAUGGUGGUAGCAAGAUUAUUGGUUACUAUGUUGAGGCAAUGAGACUUCCAGGAGACACUUGGGUGCGUUGCAACACAAGUAGUCAAAAUGUGCCUCGUGAGGAGUACAUUGCAACUGGGUUAGAAGAGGGUGCUAAUUACCAGUUUAGGGUAAUUGCCAAGACAGCUGUUAACAUUAGCAGACCCUCUGAAAUCACUGACCCCAUUCUGGUGUCUGCAGAAAAUGUUCCUCCAAGAAUUGAGCUUUCAAUACAGAUGAAGAAGAUGUUGCCAGUGAAAGCUGGGUCAGAUGUUUGCCUAGAAGCUGAAGUUUUUGGUAAACCAAUGCCUAAGGUUACUUGGAGCAAAAACGGAGAAACGUUGAAAGCUGACAAAGAAUUCAAGAUGUCUCAAAAGAGACAUCUCUUUUCUCUCAGCCUUGAUGCAGUUACUAAACUUCAUGCUGGAAAUUAUGGAAUUCAUGCUGCAAAUGCAAGUGGUAAUACAACUGCAGAAAUACAGCUUAAAAUAUUAGAUAUACCUGGCCCGCCUGCCUCUAUCAAGCUUGAUGAGAUACUUUCAGAUCAGGUCAAGCUGAGCUGGGAGGCUCCACUUGCUGAUGGUGGCUCUCCAAUCACAAAUUAUGUUGUUGAUAAACGUGAAACAAGUAGGGCUAACUGGGCCCAAGUUUCUGCUAAAAUCAGUCGGGAUACAACAGGAUGUUCAGUAGAGAGACUGAUUGAGGGGCAUGAGUACCAGUUCCGUGUUCGUGCUGAAAACCACUAUGGUACUGGUGAUGCCAUCAUAUCAGACCCAGUUGUUGCAAGAAAUCCCUUCACUGUUCCUGGAGCAUGUGACCCACCUGUCCUCACAAAUAUCACAAAGGAACGUAUGACUGUAAGCUGGAAGGAACCAUCUGAUGAUGGAAAUUCACCUAUUCUUGGAUAUUUAGUUGAGAAACGUGAAACCAAGGAAGUGAACUGGACAAAACUAAACAGAAAACCCUUGCUGGAGAGAACACUUGAGGUUGGAGGUCUUUCCGAAGGAGCUCAGUAUGAGUUCAGAGUGAUUGCUGUUAAUAAAGCUGGCCUUGGCAAACCCAGUGAUCCAUCCAAUGCUGCCUCAGCUCUUGAUCCUUUAUAUCCUCCAGGCCCACCAAUAUCUCCCAAGGUAAUAGAUACCACCAACAGCACCAUAAAACUAACUUGGACUAAGCCUGCAAAUGAUGGUGGAAGUGAAAUUCUGGGAUACCUUGUUGAAUGCAAGAGAACUAACACAACAGACUGGAUAAGAUGCAAUGUACCGAAGAACCUUCAGGAUACAAAUUAUGUUGUGACUGGACUCUUGGAGAACUCAGAGUACCAACUUCGUGUUAGUGCUGUAAAUAAAAUUGGAUUCAGCCAGCCUUGUGAAGUUCCUGAAAAACACAUUGCCAAGGAUGUUUUUGUUACUCCUGAGGCUGAGCUUGAUGCGGAGCUGAAGGAUACUUUGGUGCUUACAGCUGGCAGCAAAAUGAAACUUCAUGCCAAAAUUAAGGGUCGACCAAUCCCCAGGGUGACCUGGGCCAAGAUGAACACAAACAUUAAGGACAGACAAGGGAUCAUAAUCAAGACGACUGACACAGAUACCCUAGUUUGUGUUGAGAAAGUAAACAGAUACGAUGCAGGGAAAUACAUUCUGAAUCUUGACAGUGUAAGCGGAAUGAAGAUGUACACUGUCAUUGUCAAGGUCCUUGAUACCCCUGGACCUCCACUGAAUUUGAUGAUAAAAGAAACAUCGAAGGACAGUGCCUCCAUCCUAUGGGAUGAACCUCUAAUUGAUGGUGGAAGUGAAAUCACAGGUUACAUUGUUGACAAAAGAGAUGCAGAAAGAAAAGCAUGGUCAAAUGUUACAACUUCCUGUACAAAGACAUCUUUCAAGAUCGAAGAUUUAGAGCCUGGCAGAUCAUAUUGCUUCAGGGUUUUGGCUCAAAAUCAGUAUGGUAUUGGUGAGCCAUGUGAAACAGUGGAUGCUGUCAGAGCUUCUGAACAACCUGGACCAGUUAUGGACUUUAAGACCUUACUGGUAACCAAGGACUCUUGUACACUUUCAUGGAAAAAACCCAUCAGUGAUGGAGGAAGCCGAAUCAUUGCAUACGUGCUUGAGGUCCUUAAUGGCGAAGACAAAUGGAAGGAGCUUCUUCGUUCAAAAAACAUGCAAUAUAGUGCAAAGGAUCUUGUAGAAGGAAGGGAGUACAAGUACAGAGUAUUUGCAACAAACGAUUCUGGUGAUGGCCCUGUGAAAGAACUCUCUGUAAUGGCAAAAGAUAUCAAUGUUCUUCCAAGCUGUGACUUACGGGAUUUGCCUAACUUGAAUUACAUUGCAAAAGAAGGAAGCAAUGUUCGUCUAAAGAUUCCUAUUAUUGGAAAGCCCACCCCUGUUGUAUCAUGGAAGAAGGGAGAAGAUGAAAAUCUCACAGACACAGGAAGAGUGUGUGUAGAAUCAACUGCUGUAAACACAACUCUCUUGAUCCGUGACUGCCAAAGAACAGAUGCCUCAAAAUACACCAUCACUCUUCGCAAUUCUGCUGGAACAAAAGAGUCCACAAUUUUUGUCAGAGUUGUUGGUAAACCAGGAAUUCCAAAUGCACCAAUAAAGUUCAAGGAGGUGACUGCAGAUGGUGCAACAUUAAAAUGGAGUGCUCCUAAAGAUGAUGGUGGAUCAGAAGUCACCAACUAUAUUCUUGAGAAACGUGACUCCAUUACUAACAUGUGGGUUACUGUGUCUUCAUCUGUGGACACAAACAGUUUCAGAGUGACUGGUCUACAUGAGGGAACAGAAUACAUAUUUAGAGUUAGUGCAGAAAACAAAUAUGGAAUUGGUGAAGGCCUCAAAUCAGAACCUAUGGUUGCCAAGCAUCCUUUCAAUGUACCAGAUUCACCUCCUCCCCCACAAGUCAUGAGUAUGCGCCAUGAUUCAGCAACUCUUACAUGGUUUGAUCCAAGAAAAACUGGAGGCUCACCAAUCACAGGCUACCAUGUUGAAUUCAAGGAAAGAAACAGCAUGUUAUGGAAAAGAGCGAACUCAGCGCCUUUGAAGAUGAGAGAUUUCAAAGUAACAGGCUUAACAGAGGGUCUAGAAUAUGAAUUCAGGGUUAUGGCUAUUAAUCUGGCUGGUGUUGGUAGACCUAGCCUUCCCACUGAGCCAAUGGUUGCUUUGGAUGCUAUUGAUGCACCUGGCAAACCCGAUGUGAUUUGCAUCACUAGAAGUACUGUAACACUUCAAUGGACUGAACCUCAAUAUGAUGGUGGACACAGGCUUACAGGCUAUAUUGUUGAAAGACGUGAUCUUCCAGCCAAGGUCUGGGUGAAGGCUAACACAGUAAAUGUUAUAGACUGUGCAUAUACUGUAGCAGACUUGCAAGAAGGAUGCAAGUAUGAAUUUAGAAUCAGAGCAAAGAAUGCAGCUGGAGCCAUAAGUCAACCCUCUGAACAAACUGAUACUCUUUUGUGCACAGAUGAAUAUGCGGCGCCAACCAUUAUAAUUGAUCCAACAGUCAAGGAAGGGCUUACUGUUAAAUCUGGAGAUACAAUUGUGAUUACUGCAACAAGCAUUCUGGGCAAACCACAACCAACCUCAGUGUGGUCAAAGGGUGGAAAGUAUUUCAAGCCAUCGGAUGUGUGUCAGAUAGAAACUACACCUUCUUCUUCUACACUUUUUAUCAAGUAUGCUAGUAGGAAGGACUCAGGAGAGUACACAAUCACAGCAAGCAACCCAUUUGGUGUGAAAGAGGAAAAUGUGAAAGUUACAAUUUUAGAUGUUCCUGGUCCGCCAGGGCCAGUUGAAGCAAGUGGAAUUUCAUCUGAAAAGGUCACAUUGACAUGGACAGCUCCUCAUGAAGAUGGAGGAUCUCCAAUUAAAUACUACACACUGGAGAAGAGAGAAACAAGCCGCCUGCUUUGGACCAUUCUUGCAGAAAAUGUUAUUGACUGCCACUUUGUUGCCAAUAAGCUAAUCCAAGGAAAUGAGUACAUCUUCCGGGUUUCUGCUGUCAACAAUUCUGGAGCUGGUGAUGCCUCUCACUCUGGGCCAGUGAAAAUGGUGGAUGGCUUUGGUCCUCCAGGCCCACCAGCUAAACCAGAAGUUGAAAAUGUUGCAGGAAAUUCUGUUACAAUUGCUUGGAAAAGACCAGCUGAUGAUGGGGGAAGUGAUAUAACGGGCUAUAUGGUUGAAAAGAAAGAAAAGAAGGGAAUGAGAUGGACACGAGCAUCAAAGAAAACAAUUGCUGACCUUCACUUUGAAGUGAAAGGGCUCAAAGAGGGAGUUGAAUAUGAAUUUAAAGUAGCUGCUGAGAAUAAGGCUGGAUUUGGUGAGCCAAGUGAACCUUCAAUUCCUGUGAUGACAAAGCUUGUUGCAGAUGUACCUGCUCCUCCAGUCAACCCAAGAGUCACAGACACAACAAAGACAACAGCUGAACUGCAUUGGGGCAAACCACUUAGUGAUGGUGGCAUGGAAGUCACCGGAUACUUUGUUGAGCACAAAAAGGAGGGAGAAGAAGAAUGGAUAAAAGACACAUCUGUACCUUUAAGAAUCACUGAGUUUGUUGUUCCAAGUUUGGAAGCUGGAAUGAAGUAUCAUUUUAGAAUUAGUGCAAUGAAUGCAAUGGGUGUAAGUGAACCAGCACAAACAGUGGAUGUUGUCCAAAUAGUAGAACGUGAAGAAAUCCCUGAUUUAGAACUUGAUGUAGAACUUAGAAGAACUUUAGUUGUUCGGGCAGGCGCCUCAAUUCGUAUAUUUAUUCCUAUUAAAGGACGUCCAACUCCUACAGUGACAUGGACAAAAGAGGAUUCACCAUUGAAAACCCGUGCAAUUAUUGACAAUACUGAAUCAUACACCCUGUUGGUUAUUCCUGACUGCAAUAGACGUGAUGCAGGAAAAUAUGAUUUAACAUUAGAGAAUGCAGCUGGAAAGAAGACCGCUUCUGUGGUUGUUAGGGUUUUGGACUCCCCUGGGCCUCCGCUCAAUCUGAAAACUACAGCUAUUGACAAAGAAAGCAUCACAUUGGCAUGGGAAAUGCCUCUUAUUGAUGGCGGUGCCAAGAUCACAAAUUACAUCAUUGAAAAGAGAGAGUCUACUCGCAAGGCGUAUGCUGCUGUAAUCACAAAAUGUGAGAAAUGCUCUGUCAAAGUUUCAGAUCUAGGAGAGGGUUUGGAGUAUUAUUUUAGAGUUUCUGCUGAAAAUGAAUAUGGCAUUGGCGAAGCAGUUGAAACCCCAGACCCGAUCAGAGUAUCUCAAGCACCAACUCCUCCAGAAAAUGUCACAUUUACUGAUGUCACAAAGCACACAGUUGGACUUGCAUGGACUAAACCAAAGCAUGAUGGUGGAAGUAGAGUUACUGGGUAUGUAAUUGAAGCACAAAAGAAGGGAACAGAUCAGUGGGCCCAUGUGACAACCAUUAAGACUUUGGACUUAACUGUGAAAAAUCUUAAUGAAAAUGAAGAAUAUGUAUUCCGUGUGAUGGCUGUGAAUAGUUCUGGGCGAAGUCAUCCUCGUGUAAGCAAGUCUGUUGUUAUCAGAGAACAAAGUUCAGAACCAGAAUUUGACCUCCGAGGUGUGUGUCAGAAGACAGUUAUUGCCAGGGCCGGUGAAAAUAUAAAGGUUGAGGUGCCUGUUUCUGGUCGUCCUAAACCAACAGUUUCCUGGCAGAAAGAUCAUCAAGCCCUCAAAUUAACACAACGGACAAUGAUUGAAAAUACUGCCACCUCAAAUAUAUUGAUCAUAAAUGAAUGUUUAAGGAGUGACAGUGGAAUAUACUCAAUGACAGGAAAGAACAUUGUUGGCUCAGUCACAGAUAGCAUAACAGUAAAGGUGCAUGAUGUGCCUGGACCACCAAAGGGACCAAUUAAACUGGACAAAAUAACUCGUACAUUUAUUGAAUUCUCAUGGGAAACUCCUGAAAAUGAUGGAGGUGUACCAAUCAAUAACUAUGUAGUAGAAAUUAGGGAAACUACUAGCCAGUCAUGGGUAGAGUUGUCCUCAUUGAUUAUUCGUACAACAUUCAAAGCAAUACGUUUAACUACAGGAGUUGAAUAUCAAUUCCGGGUAAGGGCCAAAAACAGAUAUGGUACAGGGCCUCCAAUAACCUCAGAGGCAGUGGUUGCUGCAUAUCCAUUUAAGGCACCUGGACCACCUGGAACACCUAAAGUUGUCGCAUUUACUAAGGAUACAAUGACAAUUGGCUGGAAUGAGCCUGUUUCUGAUGGUGGAAGUGAGGUUAUUGGUUACUAUGUUGAAAGAAAGGAGAGGAACAGCAUUGUUUGGCAUAGAAUUAGCAAGACAAUGGUGGUUGGAAAUCUGUUUAAAUCCACAGGGCUAGAAGAUGGUGUAGCAUAUGAAUUCCGUGUGUUUGCUGAAAACAUAGCUGGGAUUGGAAAACCAAGCAAAGCAUCUGAACCUUUGCUUGCUCUUGACCCAGUGGAUCCACCUGGUCAACCUGUCCCAGUCCUUGUGUCCAAAAAUGCGAUCACUAUUCAGUGGACAAAGCCAGAGUAUGAUGGUGGAUUCAAAAUUACUGGCUAUACUGUUGAAAAGAGAGAUCUUCCAGCUGGUCGCUGGAUGAGAGCUAACUUUACAAAUAUCAUUGAAACCACAUUCACAAUAAGUGGUCUUACACAAGAGGCAUCUUAUGAAUUCCGUGUACUUGCAAGAAAUUCAGCAGGUGCUGUUAGUAAUCCAUCAGAACCAUCAGAUCCAAUUAUUUGCAAAGAUGACAUUGAAGAACCAAGAAUAAUGGUUGAUGCUAAAUUUAAAGACGUUGUCCUUGUCAAAUCUGGAGAGGUGUUCAAACUUGAAGCUGAUGUUGCAGGUCAGCCAUUACCAUCCAUGGUUUGGACAAAAGAUGGAAAAGAUGUUGAAAACACAUCCAAACUACAGAUCAAAAUGACAGAACUUACAGCAGUCUUGAUCAACAAAGAUUCUAUCAGAAAGGAUGGUGGGGAAUUUAUUCUUACUGCAACAAAUGUUGGUGGCUUUGCUAAGCAUGUUUUCAACGUAAAGGUUCUUGAUAGACCAGGGCCCCCACAAGGACCACUGGCUGUUUCGGACAUUACAGCAGAGAAAUGUGUGCUCACAUGGAAUCCACCUACAGAUGAUGGUGGUGCAAAUAUCGAACAAUAUGUUAUUGAAAAACGUGAGUCAAGCAGACUUGCUUGGACAAAUGUGGCAUCAGAAUUGCUGGUUAAUCAGUACCAAGUGACAAAGUUGCUCAAAGGAAAUGAAUACAUAUUCCGAGUUAUGGCUGUUAACAAGUAUGGUGUUGGAGAGCCUAUUGAAUCUGAAGCAAUAAUUGCAGAAAAUCCAUAUGUACCACCAGGUCCUCCACAAACACCAGAGAUAACAGCGGUCACCAAAGAUUCUGUAGUCAUCUGUUGGGGUGCACCAGCUAGCAAUGGUGGAAGUGAAAUCACCAACUAUCGUAUUGAGAAAAGAGACAGGAUAAGUUUGCGCUGGGUAAAAUGCAACAAGAAGAAAGUUACUGACUUGCAUUUUAAGAUUACAGCUCUUGUUCCAGGCCAUGAAUAUGAAUUCAGAGUUUUUGCUGAAAAUGCUGCUGGAAUAAGUGAACCAAGUCCUUCAUCACCAUUUGUUAAGGCCACAGAUGCACUUUUUAAACCAGGUCCACCUGGUAAUCCAAGAAUCCUGGACACAACAAGUUCUUCCAUCACACUUGCAUGGAACAAACCAAUUUAUGAUGGUGGCUCUGAAAUUACUGGCUAUAUGGUCGAAACCUGUAUUCCUGGAACUGAAGAGGAGGAAUGGACAAUGGUCUCCCCUAAGGAUGGUGUAAAAGGGACAUCAUUUACAAUCACAAAUCUUAAAGAAAACCAAGAAUACAAAAUCAAUGUGUCAGCACUGAAUAGCGAGGGUGUUGGAGAAGCAGCACCUGUACCAGGAUCACCCAAAGCAGAAGAACGACUCAUCGCACCAGAAGCUGACCUUGAUGCUGAACUUCGUAAGAUUGUGAAUAUUAGAGCUUGUAAUACACUAAGACUUUUUGUGCCAAUUAAAGGUAGACCAACACCAGAGGCAAAAUGGUCAAGAGAGAAUGAUGAACCAUUAGACAGGGCUACCAUUGAAACUACAUCAUCUUUUACAUCACUGGUUAUUGGCAAUGUUAACAGAUUUGACAGUGGUAAAUACAAUUUAACUGUAGAAAACAGUUCUGGAUCAAAGACCGUCUCAGUAAUAGUUAGGGUUUUAGACACACCUGGAGCACCACAGAACCUAAAAAUAAGCCAGGUUACUAAAGAGUCUGUUUCACUUAUUUGGGAUCCUCCAAUUAAUGAUGGUGGCACAAAAAUUAAGAAUUAUAUUGUUGAGAAGCGGGAGGCUACAAGGAAGGCGUAUGCUACAGUAAAUUCCAAUUGUCACAAAACUAAUUGGACAAUUGACCAGCUCCAAGAAGGAUGCAACUACUACUUCAGAGUUUUAGCAGAAAAUGAAUAUGGCAUUGGACUUCCUAUUGAGACUGGUGAAUCUGUUAAAGUGUCUGAGAAGCCACUUCCACCUGGCAAGAUAACACUUCAGGAUGUUACAAAGACAACUGUGACAUUGUCAUGGGAAAAACCAGAACAUGAUGGAGGAAGUCGAGUGGUUGCAUAUGUUGUAGAGAUGCAGAGCAAAGGAAGUGAAAAAUGGUCACAAGCUGUGAUUGUCAAAGUACCUGAAGCAGUCAUUAGUGGUCUUUCACCUGGUGAAGAGUAUAUGUUCCGUGUUUCUGCAAGAAAUGAAAAGGGAACCAGUGAUCCUCGUCAAAUUGGUGUACCUGUGAUUGCCAAAGACCUUGUAAUUGCUCCCUCUGUUAAGAUGCUGUUUUCCACCUUCACUGUCCUUGCAGGAGAGGAUUUGACCAUAGGUAUUCCAUAUAAUGCCCGUCCCAAAGCUACCAUUUCAUGGAUUAAGGAUGCAGUUCCACUUAAACGAACAACCAGAGUCAAUUUUUCCUCAACUGAUACAGAGCUAAAUUUAGUUAUUAAAGAGGCAUGUAGAGAUGAUGUUGGGCAGUAUAGCAUCAAACUAUCAAAUACAGCUGGGGAAACAACAGUGGAUAUUGGAAUUGUUGUUCUUGACAAACCUGGUCCUCCAACAGGACCUGUUAAUGUUGAUGAAGUAACAUCUGAUAGUGUUACAGUCUCUUGGAAACCACCAGAGUAUGAUGGUGGCUGCACCAUUAAUAAUUACAUAGUAGAAAAGAGGGACACAUCUACAACAAAUUGGCAGAUUGUAGCAGGCAAUCUAGCAAGAACUCAAAUUAAGGCAGGAAGACUGAAGACAGGCUCUGAAUAUCAAUUCAGAAUAUCAGCACAGAACAGAUAUGGCAAAAGCCCUAUUCUUGUGUCUGAAUGUAUUGUUGCACAGUACCCCUACAAACUACCGGGACCUCCUGGAACCCCUUUCUUGCAGUCUUCCACAAAAGAUAGUAUGGUUAUAGUAUGGAAUGAACCUGUCAUUGAUGGUGGAUGUACAAUCUUGGGAUAUCACCUUGAGAGAAAAGAGAGAAAUAGCAUUCUUUGGAUGAAAUUAAACAAAAGCCUAAUUCAAGAUACAACAUACAAGACCACAGGCCUUGAAGAAGGCAUGGAGUAUGAGUACAGAGUUUAUGCUGAAAAUAUUGUUGGCAUUGGGAAGGCUAGUAAGAUCUCUGAGGGCUUUGUUGCCAGAGAUCCUUGUGAUCCUCCUGGAACACCAGAAGCACUUACAAUCACUAAGAAUUCUAUUACAAUUGUAUGGACCAAGCCUGAGUAUGAUGGUGGAAGCAAAGUCACUGGGUACAUUGUAGAAAAGAAGGAAUUACCUGCAGGACGUUGGAUGAAAGCAAAUUUCACCAAUGUCAUAGAGACUGAGUAUACAGCAACAGGUCUGACAGAGAAUGAGAAAUAUGAGUUCCGUGUCAUUGCGAGAAAUGCUGCUGGAGUUUUUAGUGAUCCUUCAUAUAGUACUGGACCUAUCAUCGCAAAGGAUGAGAUUGAACCACCACGCAUCAGCAUAAAUCCAGAAUACACUCAAACAAUUGUUGUAAAUGCAGGAGACAACUUCAAGAUAGAUGCAGACGUACAUGGAAAACCAAUACCAACAAUUUCUUGGCAGAAGGGUGAGCAGGAACUUGGAAACACCAUAUAUCGUGAAAUUAAAAGCACAGAUAGCUAUACCUGUUUGACUGUAAAGGAGGCCAAACUUGCUGAUGGAGGUCAAUAUACUUUACUGCUGCAAAACCCUGGAGGAGAGAAAGCUGUACAAAUCAACAUUUGUGUCCUAGAUAAACCUGGAGCACCAGAGGGACCCAUCUCUAUCACAGGUGUAACCAGUGAGCAGUGCUGCCUUACCUGGAAACCCCCUAAACAAGAUGGUGGAAGCAAGAUCACUCAUUAUAUUGUAGAAAGAAGAGAAACUAGCAGACUUCUUUGGACAGUUGUUGAACCAAAAGUCCAAGCUGUAAAUCUUAAAAUAACAAAACUCCUUGAAGGAAAUGAAUAUAUUUUCAGAGUUUUAGCAGUCAACAAAUUUGGUGUUGGAGAGCCCCUCCAAUCAGGUGCAGUUGUUAUCAAGAAUCCAUUCACUCCCCCAGAUGCACCAAAAGGACUGGAAGUGUCUAAUGUGAAGAAAGAUUCAAUGGUAUUAACCUGGGAGGCCCCAACAAAUGAUGGCGGUACAACCAUCACUGGCUAUAUUAUUGAGAAACAUGACAAGGAAGGUGUUAGAUGGACCAGAUGCAACAUGAAAUCAGUCACUAACCUCACAUUUAAAGUUACCAGUCUCCUGGAGAACCACCGAUAUGAAUUCAGAGUUUCUGCUGAGAAUGCUGCUGGGGUUAGUGAGGCAAGUUCUGCAACUGUGUUCUAUAAAGCCCUGGAUCCUGUUUUCAAACCAGGUCCACCACAUAAUCCAAAAGUGUUAGACAUGACCAAAUCAUCUGUUGUACUAGCAUGGGGAAAACCAAUUUAUGAUGGAGGCUGUGAAAUCCAGGGAUAUGUUGUUGAAGCAUGUGAAGUAAAAGCAGCCGCAGAAGAGACAAAAGCUUCAGGAGAAGAAGGAAAGGCAGCAGAUGAAUUAGAACAACAAUGGACAAUGUGCACUCCGCCAACAGGUGUUAAACUGACACGCUUUACAGCGGAAAAUCUGAAAGAAAAGCAGGAAUACAAAUUCAGAGUUUGUGCAGUUAACAAGCUUGGUGUUGGAGAACAUGCUGAUGUUGCAGGGCCCAUUUUUCCAGAGGACAAAACAGAGGAGCCGGAUCUUGAUAUUGAUGCUGAGUUUAGAAAGCUUGUACGUAUUAAAGCUGGAGGUUCUCUUAGGAUGUUCAUCCCUUUCAAAGGAAGACCAACCCCACAAAUUAAAUGGGAAAAGGAUGGUGAGCAUAUUAAGGAAUCAGCACAGAUGGAGACCAGCAGCAGUUACACUUCUCUUGUGAUUGACAAAGUCAGUAGGGUCAACAGUGGUAAAUAUACUGUCAUUGCAGAAAACUCUACUGGUGCUAAAUCUGAAACAAUUAUGGUUAAAGUCCUUGAUACACCAAGUGCUCCACUUAACUUCAAAGUUAAAGAAAUCACAAAGGAAUCUGUUACUCUUACAUGGGAGCCUCCAUCUUUGGACGGUGGAGCAAAGAUAAAAAAUUACAUUAUUGAGAAACGUGAGAGCACAAGAAAAACAUUCGCUGCUGUUGUUACAAAUUGCCAUAAACUCUCAUGGAAAGUUGAACCACUUCAAGAGGGCUGCAGUUACUAUUUUAGAGUGCUUGCAGAAAAUGAACAUGGUGUAGGUCUACCUGCAGAUAUCGCAGAUCCUUUGAAGGUUUCAGAGGUGCCACAGUGUCCUGGAAAAUUAAGUGUUGUAGAUGUAACCAAAACAAGUGUAUCUCUUUCUUGGGAAAAGCCCAUUCAUGAUGGUGGCAGUAGAAUACUACAAUACCUUGUUGAAAUGCAGGUCAAGGGUAAUGAAAAAUGGUCUGGCUGUGCUAAUGUAAAAACAUUAGAAGCUGUAAUCAGUAAUUUGAAUCCUGGAGAAGAAUACACUUUCAGAGUAAUUGCUGUCAAUGAAAAAGGAAAGAGUGAUCCAAGAACACUUGCUGUCCCAGUGCAAGCAAAGGAUCUUGUCUUCGGGCCUGAUGUAAGACCUACAUUUAGCAGCUACAGUGUUCUUGUUGGAAAAGACCUUCAAGUUGAAAUCCCAGUUUCUGGUCGUCCAAAGCCAAAGGUCACGUGGACAAAGGAUGGUGCGGCCCUAAAAUUCACAACAAGGGUUAACAUUUCUAAUACAGCACGCAGCACUGUUCUUAGCAUCAAAGAAGCAGCUAGAGAAGAUGGAGGGAUGUAUGGAAUUAAUGUUUCUAAUGCUGUUGGACAAAAGGAUGCAACUAUUGAAAUUAUCACUCUUGAUAAACCUGGUCCGCCAACUGGCCCUGUACGAUUCGAUGAGAUAACUGUGACAAGUGUUACAUUGUCAUGGGAUCCUCCAAAGUUUACUGGUGGUUGUCCAAUUUCAAAUUACAUUGUGCAAAAGAGAGAUACAACUACUACAACAUGGGAGAAUGUUGCAAUUUCAUUGGCAAGAACAACACUUAAAGUACUACGACUGAAGACUGGUGCUGAAUAUCAAUUCAGAAUUAUUGCUCAAAACAGAUAUGGCAAGAGCUAUGCUUUGGACUCUUCAGCCGUUGUUAUUCAGUAUCCAUAUAGAGAACCAGGACCACCAGGAACUCCAUUUGUGUCAUGCCUAUCAAAGGACCAUAUGAUUGUUGAUUGGCAUGAGCCAGUGUCAGAUGGAGGCAGUAGCAUUAUUGGAUAUCAUCUUGAACGUAAGGAGAGAAACAGUAUUCUCUGGACAAAGAUAAACAAGACACUGAUUCAAGAAACACAAUUCAAAACUGGUCCUUUAGAGGAAGGUAUCGAAUAUGAGUUCAGAGUUUAUGCUGAAAAUAUUGUUGGCAUUGGAAGGUGCAGUAAAAUCUCUGAAGGCUUUGUUGCUCGUGAUCCAUGUGACCCUCCUGGAACCCCAGAAGCUGUCCACGUGAGCAAAAAUUCCAUUACUAUCCAAUGGACAAAGCCAGAAUAUGAUGGUGGAAGUGUUAUUACUGGUUAUACUGUUGAGAAACGUGAUCUCCCAGAGGGACGCUGGAUGAAAGCAAGCUUUACAAAUGUUAUUGAAACUGAUUUUACCGUCACUGGGUUAACAGAAGGUGCCAAGUAUGAUUUCAGGGUUAUUGCAAAGAAUGCAGUUGGUACAAUCAGCAAACCAUCAUACAACAGCGGACCUAUUGCUGCAUUGGAUGAGGUAGAGCCACCAAAGUUCUCAAUUGACCCACAAUAUACUCAGGCUCUUGUUGUGAAUGCUGGUGAUACCUUCAAACUUGAUGCUGAUGUACAUGGUAAGCCAGUACCAGCAAUCCAGUGGUUUAAAAAUGACAAGGAGGUUGAAAACACAAUUAGAUGUGACAUCAAGAAUACAGACAACAGAGCACUGAUUAUAGUAAAAGAUGCAGUUAGGCAAGAUGGCGGAAAUUACAUUCUCCAGCUCACUAAUAUUGCUGGCUCUCAGACUGUUCAAUUCAGUGUGAAAGUGCUUGAUAAACCAGGUCCACCAGAAGAGCCUCUCCAUGUCACAGGUGUGUCGAGUGAUAAAUGCACACUGGUAUGGCGUCCACCACUUGAUGAUGGAGGAAACACUAUCACUCAUUACAUAAUUGAGAGACGUGAGACAAGUAGACUUGCUUGGGCUGUAGUCUGUAAUGAUUGCAAAACAACAACAUACAAAGUGACAAAGCUCUUGGAAGGUAAUGAAUAUAUAUUCCGUGUCAUGGCUGCCAACAGUUAUGGGAUUGGUGAGCCAAUUGAUUCAUCAUCUAUAAUAAUGAAAGAUCCAUUUGUUCAUCCAGGAUCCCCCCAAAUUAUUGAGGUAACAAAUAUUGCAAAAGACUCCAUGACUGUUUGCUGGAGUGCACCGGAGAGUGAUGGUGGCAGUGAAAUUAUUGGCUACAUCAUUGAGAAGAGAGACCGAUCUGGAAUUAGAUGGACAAGAUGCAACAGGCAAAAAGUUACUGAUGUGUGCUUCAGAGUGCAUGGCCUAAUUGAGGAUCAUGAGUAUGAAUUUAGAGUGUCAGCUGAAAAUGCAUCUGGAAUUGGAGAACCAAGCUUGGCAACUUCAUACUACAAGGCUUGUGAUCCCAAAUAUAAACCUGGAUCCCCCAUGCAUGCCAAUGUUGUUGAUACCACCAAGAAUUCAAUCACAGUGGCUUGGGGUAAACCUCUUAAUGAUGGAGGAUGUGCAAUUCAAGGAUAUAUUGUUGAGAUUUGCAAGGCUGAAGAAGAAGAAUGGACUAUGUGCACUCCCCCUACUGGCUUGCGUGUUAAUAAAUUUGAAAUCACUAAGCUAGUAGAACAACAAGAAUAUAAGAUUCAAGUAUGUGCCAUUAAUAAACUAGGUGUCGGAGAACCUGUGGUUAUUCCAGGAACUGUGAAGCCUGAGGACAAACUUGAGACCCCUGAAAUACACCUUGAUUCAGAGUUAAGAAAAGGAAUUGUUGUUCGUGCUGGAGGGUCAGUAAGAAUAAAUGUACCAUUUAGAGGUAGACCAACACCAGAUAUCAAAUGGACUAAAGAUGAAGGGGAAUUGUCAGAAAAAACUGUGCUUGAAAAGGGCCUUAACUUCACCCAUCUUUCUAUUGACUCAUGUGAUAGGCGGGAUUCUGGAAAAUAUACUGUGACUCUGCAGAAUAGCAGUGGCUCUGUAUCUGAAUUUGUGACAGUUAAAGUGUUAGACACACCUGGAGCACCACUAAGCCUUGUAGUUAAGGAUAUCAAGAAAGACUCUAUCACACUUGUUUGGGAACCACCACUUAUUGAUGGAGGAGCAAAGAUCAAGAAUUAUGUUGUUGACAAGCGUGAAUCUACAAGAAAAGCCUAUGCAAAUGUAACAACCAAGUGUACUAAGACAACGUACAAGGUGGAAAACCUUGCAGAGGGGGCUAUGUAUUACUUUAGAGUUAUGGCUGAAAAUGAAUAUGGUGUUGGUUUGCCAGUUGAAACAAAAACUGCUUCAAAAGCAUCUGAAGUCCCUCAGCCAGUUCGAAAGGUGAUGUUGACUGAUGUGACAAAAAUAAGUGCAUCUCUUGCCUGGGAAAAACCAGAGGAUGAUGGAGGUAGUAGGAUUGCAGGAUACUUGAUUGAAAUGCAGCCCAAAGGAACUGACAAAUGGGGCGUAGCAACAAAUGUAAAAACAUGUGAAGGAACAGUCACUGGACUGACUAGUGGUCACGAAUAUUUGUUCCGUGUUCUGGCAUACAAUGAGAAAGGAAAAAGUGAGCCAAAGCCUCUUGCUGCUCCUGUUAUUGCCAAUGACCUCACAAUUGAACCAAGUCUAAAGUUGCAGUUCAACACAUACAGUGUCAAGUCUGGAAAAGAUUUCAAACUUGAAAUACCCAUUUUUGGACGCCCAAAACCAAAGAUCACUUGGUCAAAGGAUGGACAACAACUUAAAGUAACAUCCAGAGUUACUACAUCCAACACACCAACAUCAACAAUCCUGCAAUUAACAGAGGCCUGUAAAGAUGACCUUGGAAGGUAUGCAGUUACUGCAACAAACAGCGUUUGUGCCAUUACAGAAGAUAUCAAUAUCGUUAUCCUGGAUAAACCUGGUGCACCCACAGGACCAAUAAAAGUAAAUGAAGUAAGCAACAACUCUGUUUCCAUCUCAUGGGAACCACCAGAGUAUACAGGAGGCUGCCAAGUUAAGCAUUACAUUGUUGAAAAGAGAGACACUACAGAAUCUACUUGGCAGAUUGUUGCUGGAUCAGUUGCCAGAACAUCCCUCAAAGUUACCAAGCUGAAAACUGGUGCUGAGUAUCAGUUUAGAGUUGUUGCUGAAAACAGAUAUGGUAAGGGUGCACCUUUGGAUUCAAAAUCCAUUGUUGUGCAAUAUCCUUAUAAACCACCUGGGCCACCUGGUACUCCAUACGUUAAAUCUGCCACUAAGGAUCAAAUGACAAUUGAGUGGAAUGAACCUGUGAUUGAUGGUGGGAGUUCAGUGAUUGGAUACCACCUAGAGAGUAAAGAAAGAACAAGCAUUCUAUGGACAAAAUUAAACAAAACUCUUAUUACUGAUACAGUUUUCAAAAUAUGCAAUCUUGAAGAAGGCAUUGGAUAUGAAUUUAGGGUAUAUGCUGAAAACAUUGUUGGUAUCGGUAGAGCAAGCAAAGUUUCAGAGAGCUUUGUGGCCCGUGACCCAUGUGAUCCACCUGGAACGCCUGAGGCUGUUGCAAUAUCAAAGGACCACAUUAAAAUUCAGUGGACAAAGCCACAAUAUGAUGGUGGCAGCAAAGUGACUGGAUAUAUUGUUGAAAGAAGAGAUUUGCCUGAGGGUCGAUGGAUGAGGGCUAACUUCACCAAUGUAAUUGAGACAGAAUUUACAGUAACAGGCAUAACGGUAAACAAUCAGUAUGAAUUUAGAGUAAUUGCAAGAAAUGCAGUGGGUGUUUUUAGCGAGCCCUCAGAUAGCACUGGACCAAUUACUGCUACAGAUGAAAUUGAACCUCCUAGUGUUUCGAUGGAUCCCAAGUACAAAGAUGUCAUUGUUGUCAAUGCUGGAGACAACUUGAUUUUAGAUGCAGAUAUACAUGGAAAACCCACACCUGAUAUUCAAUGGCUAAAGGAGGGAAAGGAAAUGGAUAAAACAUUGCGCAUUGAAGCACGAAGCACACAAAAAUUUGCUUCUAUUACAAUAAAAGACUGUACAAGAUUGGAUGGUGGACACUAUGACCUCAUAUUAAGCAACAGUGGAGGAACAAAAACAGUUCCAAUAGCAGUAAAAGUUCUUGACAGACCAGGUCCACCAACAGGACCACUACGAGUUGCUGGCAUCAUGUCUGAUAAAUGCCAUCUGUCUUGGUCUGAGCCUUCUCAGAAUGGUGGCGCUAAUAUUUCUCAUUACAUUCUUGAGAAAAAGGAAACUAGCAGGCUCUCAUGGACUGUUGUUGAUUCCAACAUUCAUACUGUGAGUUAUAAAGUGACCAAACUUCUGUCAGGUGAUGAGUACAUCUUUAGAGUUAUGGCUGUCAACAAAUACGGUAUUGGUGAACCUUUGUAUUCAGAGGCAAUUACAGCACGCAAUCCAUACAAACCACCAAGUGCACCAUCUGCACCAGAAGCAAGUGAAAUAACAAAGGAUUCAAUAACUCUAUCAUGGAAUGCCCCAGAGAGUGAUGGAGGAGCAGAAAUUACAUGUUACCACUUGGAGAAGCGUGACAAAGAUGGAGUAAGGUGGACUAAAUGUAACCGUCAGAAGCUGACUGAUCUGCACUUCAAAGUAACUGGUCUGUCAGAGGGACAUUUCUAUGAGUUCCGUGUGUCUGCUGAGAAUGAAACUGGUGUGGGAGAAUGUAGUGAUUUAUCUCUGUUUUAUAGGGCAAUAAAUGCUACAACCCCCCCAGGCCCACCUCAUCAUCCUAAAGUGACAGAUCACACAAACUCUUCUGUCUCCCUGUCUUGGGGAAAACCUGCUUUUGAUGGUGGUGCAUAUAUUAAAGGUUAUAUUGUAGAGAUGAAAGAGGUUUCUUCAGAGGAAUGGAUUAUAUGCACACCUCCAUCUGGUAUUCAAGCAUCACGCCUCACAGUUGAAAACCUUAAGGAAAACGCUGAAUAUAACUUCCGUGUUUGCGCAAUUAAUUCUGAAGGAGUCGGCGAACCUUCGGAUGUUCAUGGAUCGGUAACUGCAUCUGAAAAGAUUGAAGCCCCUGAGAUUGAACUUGAUGCUGACCUCAGGAAGGUUGUCUCUGUACGUGCAGGAGGAUCACUUCGUCUUUUCAUCACAAUUAGAGGUCGACCUGAGCCAUCUGUCAAAUGGGAAAAAGAGGAUGGCACUCUGACUGAGCGUGCUCAGAUUGAGUCCACUAGUUCCUACACCAUGCUUGUAAUUGACAGUGUCAAUAGAUUUGACAGUGGAAAGUAUGUGUUAACUCUUGAGAAUAAGAGUGGCACAAAAUCUGCAUUUGUGAAUGUGAGGGUGCUUGAUACACCAAGUUCUCCACAGAAGUUUGAAGUGAAAGAUGUGAAAAAAGAUUCAGUGUCUCUCUACUGGGACCCACCACUUACAGAUGGUGGGGCUAAAAUAACCAAUUAUGUGGUUGAAAAACGAGAAUCAACCAGAAAAGCUUAUACAACUGUUACCAGCAACUGCACACAGACAUCCUUUAAAGUUGAUGAACUGCAGGAAGGAGGCAUUUUCUACUUCCGCGUAUGUGCUGUAAAUGAGUAUGGCUUUGGUGUAAUGGCAGAAACAAAGAAUCCUAUAAAGGUUGCACAGGCGCCUAUGCCUCCAGGAAAAAUAACUCUUGUGGAUGUCACUAAGAGUAGUGUGACACUUACUUGGGUGAAGCCAGCCCAUGAUGGUGGCAGUAAAAUCAUCUGCUACAAUGUAGAGAUGCAACCCAAGAGUAGUGAUAAAUGGGGUGUAAGUUGUACAGUUAAAGUCCCAGAGGCUACUGUAAGCAACCUCACACCUAAUGAAACAUACUCAUUCAGGGUUAUUGCAAUGAAUGAGAAAGGCAAGAGUGAUCCUCAAGAACUUGGUGUACCUGUUGUAGCUAAAGAUAUUGAGAUUGAACCUUCUGUUCAUUUGCUGUUCAACACAUACAGUGUUAAGGCUGGAGAUGAUCUUACUGUGGAGGUUCCUUUGAGAGGCAGACCAAAGCCAGUUGUGUCUUGGAAGAAGGAUGGCCUUCCUUUGAGGCAAACAACCUCUUUUUCGAUUGUCAAUACUAUGGUAUCCAGCAAAAUCGUCAUCAAAGAAGCCGCUUUUGAACAUGUUGGGAAAUAUGAAAUCACCCUAGCUAAUACAGCAGGCACCAAGUCCACAGAUAUUGCCAUAGUUGUUCUUGAUAAACCUGGGCCACCAGCUUCAGUGAAGGUUGAUGCUGUGACUUCUGACAGUAUUACAUUGUCAUGGGCCCCCCCAGAAUAUGAUGGUGGAUGCUCUAUCAGCAAUUACAUUGUAGAGAAGAGAGAUACCAACACAACAGAGUGGCAGAUUGUUUCAACAAAUGUUGCCAGAACCUCAGUCAAGGUACCUCGAUUGACACAGGGCUCUGAGUACCAGUUCCGCAUUUAUGCAGUGAAUCGCUAUGGAAAGGGUAAGCAAAUUGACUCUCCAGGCAUUACUGCAGAGUACACAUUCAAACAGCCUGGUCCACCUUCUACACCUCGUGUAGCUCAUGCCACCAAGGCCUUUAUGCUUGUCACAUGGAAUGAGCCAGUUAAUGAUGGUGGUAGCACAGUCAUUGGAUAUCAUUUAGAACGCAAAGAGAGAACCAGUAUUCUUUGGACAAAGGUAAAUAGGACACUCAUCAAGGAUACUGAAUUUAAAGUCACUGGCAUUGAGGAAGGCAUGAUGUAUGAAUUCCGUAUCUAUGCAGAAAAUAUUGCUGGAAUUGGCAAAGCAAGCAAAGCAAGUGAGCCCAUAGCAGCACGAGAUCCUUGUGAUCCUCCUGGUCAACCUGUGAUAACAAGCAUUACCAAAUCAUCUGUCUCUCUUUCUUGGACAAAGCCUGAGUAUGAUGGUGGGGCCAAAGUCACUGGUUACAUAAUUGAACGUAGAGAUCUCCCAGAGGGCCGCUGGAUAAGAUGCAAUUUUACCAAUGUUGUAGAGACUUACUUUGAUGUAACUGGCCUUACAAUAGAUGAAAAAUAUGAUUUCCGUGUCAUCGCAAAGAAUGCUGCUGGACUGUUUAGUGAACCAUCCGAUAACACUGGUCCCAUUACUGUUAAAGAUAAUGUAGAUCCACCUCGUAUUAUGAUGGAUGUCAAGUUCAGAGAUGCUGUUUUAAUAAAAUCUGGGGAAACCCUGAAGAUUAAUGCUGACAUUGCAGGACGCCCUCUUCCUGUUGCAUCUUGGACAAAGGAUGGACAUGAAAUUGAGCGCAAAGCUAGAAUUCAGAUAACUGGAACAGAUACUAGUACUAUAAUUGUAAUUAAAGACUGCAAAAGGAGCGACUCUGGACUGUAUGCUUUGACUUUACAGAAUGUUGUUGGAAGUGUCACCACACCAGUAAACUGUGUUAUUCUUGAUAAACCUGGGCCUUCAGCAGGACCACUGUCAGUUACAGGACUUACAGCAGAGGAGUGCACAUUAUCAUGGGGACCACCUCAAGAAAUUGGGGGUUCUGAAAUAACACACUAUGUUGUUGAGAAACGAGAAACCAGCCGAUUGGCAUGGACUCUUGUACACGGAGAGGUUAAAACCAAAACAUUCAAGGUUACUAAGCUCCUGAAAGGAAAUGAGUACAUAUUCAGAGUAUUAGCAGUCAAUAAGUUUGGACUAGGUGAAGCCCUAGAAAGUGAAAAUAUCAGGGUAACUGAUCCAUAUACCAUCCCGACAGCUCCAACAAAUGUUGAAAUUACAAGUGUAACAAGCGAGGAAAUGACUUUAUCUUGGGCAAAGCCUACAUCUGAUGGAGGCAGUGAAAUCCUUGGGUAUAUAAUUGAAAGACGAGAAAAAUCUGGUCUUCACUGGGUUCGUGUGAACAGAGAGCUUGUGAAAGACACUACAGCUGAGAUAUCAAAAGUAAGACGAGGAUGUGAGUAUGAGUUUAGAGUUUAUGCUGAAAAUGCGGCAGGUUUAAGUCUAGCCAGUGACCCAUCACCUUCAGCAAGGGCGGAGGAUGCCCUUUUGGUGCCAUCCCCACCAACUAAACCGAAGAUUCUGGAUUAUAACAAAAAUUCUAUUAUUAUUGCCUGGAAAAAACCAUUAUCAGAUGGUGGUGCCCAGAUCCUUGGAUACAGUGUUGAAUACAAGAAAUCUGAGGAUGAGGAAUGGAUUGUGGCAAUUCAAAUGACAAAAAGCAAUGAAUUCAUCGUUUCUGGUCUUACAACUGAUGUUGAGUAUGUAUUUGCUGUUAAAGCAAUUAACAAAGUUGGUGUCAGUGAACAGUCACCUGCCUCUGAGCCGCAGUCAGCAACAGAGAGAAAGGAGGAACCUGUGUUUGAUGUUGACAUUGAGAUGCGAAAGACUUUAAUUGUCAAGCAUGGAAGUUCAUUUACCUUGAUGGCACCAUUUAAGGGAAGGCCAGUACCUUCAGUUACAUGGAAUAAAGAGGAAGUUGAUCUUAAAGCAAGAGCAAGCAUAGAAUCAACAGAAACGUACACAUCCAUUACUAUUGAGAAUGCAACAAGAAAUGACUCUGGACAGUACAUUGUUACUUUGGACAAUGGUGUUGGAACUGCAUCUUUGCCAAUGGUGGUCAAAGUCCUUGAUACCCCUGGACCACCAACUAAUGUGAAAAUUACAGAAGUCACCAAAGAUUCUGCUACAGUUACUUGGUUACCUCCAGAAAACGAUGGAGGAGAUGCUGUUAAGGCAUAUCAUGUUGAGAAACGUGAAGCAAGCAAAAAGGCCUGGGUAUGUGUAACAAGCAACUGUCACAGUCUGACAUACAAGGUUGAAGACUUACAAGAAGGUGCAAUCUACUACUUUAGAGUUAGUGGCGAAAAUGAGUUUGGUACAGGUGUACCUGCUGACACUAAAGAUGGAACCAAGAUUGCAGAAAAACCAAGUCCACCUGCUAGACUGGGCGUUACUGCAGUAACAAAGAAUAGCGUCACCAUUGCAUGGUCAAAACCAGAGUUUGAUGGUGGAAGCCGAAUUACUAGUUACCUCAUUGAUGCCCUCGAAAAGGGUCAACAGAAGUGGGUUAAAUGUGCCACGGUAAAAACAAACAUGCACAUCAUUAAGAGCCUGAGAGAAAAUGGAGAGUACUUUUUCAGAGUUCGGGCUGAGAAUCAUGCUGGACUCAGUGAGCCAAAAGAAAUGAUAAUCCCUGUGGUUGUGAAAGAACAACUGGAUCCCCCUGAGUUUGAUAUGAAAAAUUUUCCACAUCACACGGUUUAUGUGAGAGCAGGAUCAAAUCUGGCGUUUGAGCUUCCUCUCUCUGGCAAACCAAUGCCAAAGGUCACAAUGACUAGAGGCAAUGCUCCAGUUAAGUGUGGCAAGCGAUUUAGUUUUGAAGUAACUCCUGAAAGUCUUAAUAUCAAUCUCAAGGAAAGUAUUGCAAGUGAUGCUGGAAGAUAUGACAUUGUUGCCUCAAACACAAGCGGAACCACCAAGAUGUUUGUAAUCAUACUGGUCCUGGAUAGACCAGGUCCACCAGUUGGUCCUGUUGAGGUUAGCGAUGUGGGAGAGACAAGCUUGUGUCUCAAAUGGCUCCCUCCUUUGUAUGAUGGUGGCAGUCCUGUCACAAACUAUGUUGUUCUUAAACGUGAAACAAGUACUCCAGCUUGGAUAGAAGUGUCAUCUUCAGUCACAAGAAAUGCAGUUAAAGUCACCAAGCUUACAAAAGGAGAAGAGUACCAGUUUAGGAUUAAAGCUGAGAAUCGUUUUGGCAUAAGUGACCACAUUGAUUGUCAGUCAGUUACAGUAAAGCUUCCAUACACUAUGCCUGGACCACCAUCAACACCAUGGGUUGGCUUUGUAUCAAGAGAAAGCCUCACUGUUUGCUGGAAUGAUCCAGUAGUUGAUGGAGGAAAUCCAGUAUUUGGAUACCAUGUCCAAAUGAAAGAACGAAGCAGCAUCCUGUGGCAGACAGUGAACAAAACAGCAAUCUCUGCAACUCAAAUCAGAGUGACAAAUAUAUGCCCUGGUAUGAUUUAUGAAUUCAAGGUAGCAGCAGAAAAUGCAGCUGGUAUUGGAAAGUUCAGCAAGACAUCAGAAGAAGUGUUAGCGAUUGAUGCCUGUGACCCACCAGCAAAUGUGAGAAUUUCAGAGGUUACAAAAAAUUCAGUUAGCCUUGUAUGGCAAAAGCCACCCUUUGAUGGUGGCAGCAAAAUCACAGGCUACAUGGUUGAGCGAAGAGAUGCUCCAAAUGGCAGAUGGACAAAGGCAAACUUCACCAAUGUCAUUGAUACUAACUUUACUGUGUCAGGCUUGACUCAGGAUCAGUCAUAUGAAUUCAGGAUUUUUGCAAAGAAUGUGGUUGGCUCAGUUAGCAACCCAUCUCUAAUUGCAGGACCAGUAACAUGUGUAGACAUUUCUGGUGCUCCAGUUAUUGAUCUUCCUCCAGAGUAUUUGGAUGUUGUGCAAUACAAAGCUGGUGAAUCAUUUAAAAUCAGAGUGGGAAUAUCUGCUAAACCCAUACCCAUGUUUGAAUGGCUCAAAGAUGAAAAAGAAUUGGUGACAAGCUCUACUCUGUCAGUUGAGAACACAACUGACUCAUCGGCCAUCCUGAUUAAAGAUUCUACACGUCUUAAUACAGGAACAUAUGAGCUUAAAAUCAAGAAUGUGUUUGGCACUGCAUCUGCUUCUAUCAGAGUACAGAUUUUAGACAAACCUGGACCGCCAGCUGGACACAUUGAAUUCAAAUCGGUUUCUGCUGACAAGAUAACAAUUGCAUGGGAACCAGUGGCUGAUGAUGGAGGUGCCAAAGUAACUCAUUAUAUUGUAGAAAAACGAGAAACAAGUAGAGUAGUGUGGUCAGUCAUUUCGGAGGCAAUGGAAUCACGUAUGGUUACUGCGCAAAAGCUGGUCAGAGGAAAUGAAUAUGUAUUCCGUGUUAGAGGUGUUAACAAAUUUGGAGUUGGGGAUUCUCUGGAGUCUGAGCCUGUUAUUGCCAAAAAUGCAUUUGUUACUCCUGGACAACCUUCUACACCUGAAGCAACAGAUAUCACCAGAACGUCAAUGCAGGUCAUUUGGAAUAAACCUGGUGUGGAUGGUGGUAGCAUGGUUACAGGGUACUAUUUGGAGAGACGUGACAAGAAAAGCCUGCGUUGGGUUAAAGUGUACAAGGACCCCAUUAGUGACACCAAAGCGAAGGUCCAUCAUCUCACAGAGGGAAAUGAAUAUCAGUAUCGUAUUUGUGCAAUCAAUAAAGCUGGGGAAGGUCCAUACACAGAUGCCUCUGACUUCUACAAAGCUGCUGAUCCAGUCGACCCUCCAUAUGAACCAACUAAGAUGAAGGUGGUCGAUUCGACUAAAACAUCAAUCACACUUGGAUGGUCAAAACCAGAGUAUGAUGGAGGCAGUGAAAUUACCAGUUAUGUUGUAGAAAAAAGAGUUGGUGAAGAAGGAGAAUGGACAGUAAUUAGCCAUAAGGGAGAAGUAAGAACAACAGAGUAUGUUGCUUCAGAUCUUAAACCAGAUGUUGAUUACUACUUUCGUGUAUCUGCUGUAAAUUGUGCUGGUCGUGGAGACCCAAUUGAAAUGGAAGAACCAGUCCAAGCCAAGGACAUACUUGAGGAAGCCCAGGUUGAUACUGAUGUUGCAAUGAGAACACACUACAUUGUGAAAGCUGGUAAAGAUGUUGAAAUCAUGGUGCCCCUCAAAGGCAGACCAGCCCCAAGUGUUACAUGGAAGAAGGAAGACCAAAAUAUUGACAGCGAUCCUCAAUAUACUAUUCACAACACAGACACUUCAUCGUGUCUCAUAAUUACACAAGUUACUCGAAAGGACACUGGCAAAUACAUCAUUAAUAUAUCAAAUGGUGUAGGAGAACCAAAGUCACUAACUUUAUCUGUUAAAGUACAGGACACUCCAGCUGCUUGUAGGAGUUUGAUUCUGAAAGAAGUCACUCGUGGAAAAGUUACACUUUGUUGGGAGCCGCCUCUGCAGGAUGGUGGUGCUGAAAUCACCAAUUAUGUUGUUGAGAAAAGAGACUCUUCAAAGCGAACCUAUGCUUGUGUAACAAAUAAAUGCAAAGAAACCACAUGUGCAAUUGAAGAACUAUCCGAGAAGUCAUCAUUCUUCUUUCGUGUAUUGGCAGAAAAUGAGAAUGGAGUUGGAGAUCCAUGUGAAACUGUAGAGCCAGUUAAAGCCACUGAGACACCAGGUCCAGUCAAAGACCUUUCUAUGAAAGACUCCACAAAGACUUCAGUAACAAUACAAUGGAACAAACCAGAUUAUGAUGGUGGUAGCAUUAUUACAGACUACAUAAUUGACAAGAAACUCCAAGGUCAAGAAGAAUGGGCUCCUGCUGGUACAAACAAGCAUUGCGAACAUGAAGUUACAAAGCUUAAAGAACUCACUGAAAUGUUUUUCAGAGUUUGUUCCAAGAAUGAAAAGGGAACUAGUGACUUUGUUGAAAUUGGACCAAUUAAAGUAAAGGACUACAUAAUUCCACCUGAGGCAAACCUUGAAGAUUAUCCUAACGGACAAAUCAGUGUGCGUUUGGGACACAAUGUUCACGUUGAAUUGCCUUACAAGGGUAAACCUAGACCAACACUUCUUUGGUUAAAGGACAACUUGCCACUGAAGGAGAGUGAAAAAGUCCGCUUCAAAAAGACUGAAAACAAGGCCACUCUUAUGAUUAAAAAUGUGGAGAAGGAAAAUGAGGGAAAAUACACACUUACACUUGACAACACAUUCUUCAGAAAAUCAUUUCAUGUACAGGUUAUUACCCUUGGACCGCCUUCUAAACCUAUUGGUCCCAUUCGCUUGGAUGAGGUCAGAGCAGAAAGUAUAACUAUAUCUUGGGAUGAACCAAAUGAUGAUGGAGGUGGGGAAAUCACUUGCUACACUGUUGAGAAACGUGACACUUCUCAGACAGACUGGAAAAUGGCUUGUUCAAGUGUGAUUGGAACAUCGUUCAAGGUACCUAACCUUAUCAAAGGAAUUCAGUAUCAGUUAAGAGUCUGUGCAGAAAAUAGAUAUGGUGCAAGCGAACCUUUGGUUUCACAAAAUGUCAUUGCCAAGCAUGAGUUCAGACCACCUGGUCCACCAGGCAUUCCAUUUGUUUACAAUGUAACAAAUGAUGGCAUGACUAUUCAGUGGGAUGCACCUAUCUUUGAUGGAGGUUGUCCAGUUCUUGGGUUCCAUGUUGAAAAGAAGGAGAAAAACAGCAUAAUGUGGCAAAAGGUUAAUACCAUCUUAAUCAAAGAAAUGGAGUACAGAAUUAUUGGUCUUAUUGAAGGCUUGGCAUAUCAGUUCAGAGUCUAUGCCCAAAAUGAUGCUGGAUACAGUCGCAUGGGUGAUGCAAGCAAACCUGUUAUGGCUGUGUCUCCAGUUGAUCCUCCUGGAACCCCUGACUAUGUUGAUGUAACAAGUGAAUCGGUUAAAUUAAAAUGGGAAGCACCCAAGCGUGAUGGUGGAAGCAAAAUUGUGGCCUAUAAUGUAGAGAAACGACAGGGCAAAGGAAGGUGGUUGAAAAGUAAUUUUUCAAAUGUGACUGACACAGAAUUUACAGUGACUGGUCUUGCUUGUGGUGAACGCUAUGAAUUUAGAGUCAUAGCAAGGAAUGCUAUUGGUACAGUGAGCCCACCGUCUCAGUCUUCAGGCUAUGUCGUAAUCAGAGAUGAGAGCUUUGCUCCAAACAUUGAGUUUGGCAAGGAGUACUUUGAGGGAGUCUCUAUUAAAGCUGGAGAAAACAUCAGGUUAAAAGUAUCAAUCUCUGGAAGACCAGUGCCAAAGGUUACCUGGUUCAGAGGUGAUGUUGAAUUAACCAAAAAAAUGGUUGAUAUCACAACAAUUUCUGGAUCAAGUACCCUCUUUAUCAGAGAUGCUGACCGUAGUCACCGCGGUCUUUAUUCCGUUGAAGCCAUAAAUCCCUCAGGAACUAAAAAGGAAUCGAUAAAAGUUGAAGUCUUUGAUUCACCUGGAGAACCUGUUGGUCCUAUUACAUUCUCUGAAAUCUCUGAGGGCAAAGUAACGCUUUCAUGGAAUCCACCUGAGAAUGAUGGCUGUUCUGAAGUCACUCAUUACAUUCUUGAGAAGCGUGAAACUUCAAAAAUUUCAUGGGCACUUGUUACAGAUGAGUGCUUGGCAUCUUCCUACACUGCCACGAAACUGAUCAAGACAAAUGAGUAUCAGUUCCGUGUUUCUGCAGUCAAUAGGUUUGGUGUUAGCAGACCACUGGAUUCAGCUCCUGUGAUUGCACAGAUGCAAUACACUGUUCCAGAUUCUCCUGGAACUCCAGAUGCAACAGAUGUUGAUGGAGAGAGCAUCACAAUCAACUGGGCUCCUCCAACACAUGAUGGUGGAAACCCAAUAAAAUAUUACAUUGUGGAAAGACGUGAAAAGAAGACUGGUCGCUGGCUGAAAGUCCUAACGAGAAAGCCCAUUACGGAGGCUGCACACAGAAUAACACAUCUAACUGAGAAUGUGGAGUAUGAAUUCCGUGUGUAUGCUGUAAACGAUGCUGGAAUUGGUGCACCAAGUAACAUUUCAAUGGCAAUUAAAUGUGCAGAGCCAACUGAAGAACCUGAUGCCCCAUCUAUUGUCAAUGUUAUUGACACUACAAAUACAUCUGUCAGCUUGGAAUGGACCAGACCUGCCUAUGAUGGUGGUAUGGAAGUCCAUGGCUACAUUAUUGAAAUGUGCAAGGGAUCUGAAGAGGAAUGGCACAGAGUCAAUGAAGAUCUCUGUGCUGUAACAAAAUACACAGUCACUGGUUUAAAAACCAGUGCAGAGUACAAGUUCCGUAUUUGUGCAGUCAAUUCUGUUGGAAAGGGUGAAGCCAAAGAAAUUCCAGAGCCUGUGCAGGCAGUAGACAGGCUCUUGGCACCUGAAAUAGACAUAGAUGCCUCCUUCAAACAAACACAUGUUGUAAAAUGUGGAGAAAGUGCAUGUAUCCGUAUUGGCUUUAAGGGAAAGCCAAUGCCUACAGCUUCCUGGACAAAAGUUGAUGGGGAACUUGGUGUUAUGACAGACAUUACCACCACUGAUACAUUUACAGCUUUGACACUGGAAAACUGCACUAGAAAUGAUACUGGAAAAUAUACUCUCACUCUUGAAAACAGUAGUGGCAAUAAGUCUAUAUCUGUGGCAGUUAAAGUGCUGGACACACCUGGUACACCACAGGCUGUCUCUAUCAAAGAAGUCAUGAGAGGUGCUCUCACAAUUGCUUGGGAACCUCCAACCAAUGAUGGUGGUGCACGUGUUCAUCAUUAUGUUGUUGAAAAGCGGGAGGCAAGCCGUCGAACAUGGACAGAGGCAGCUCCCAAGUCUACACAAACAAGCUUAAGAGUUUCUGACCUUCUGGAAGGUGUACCUUAUUUCUUUAAAGUCAUGGCUGAGAAUCAGUAUGGUAUAGGUGAAGCAUAUGAAAUACCUGAUCCAGUUAUUGCCACAGCUGAACCUGCUGCUCCAAAGAGACUUGAUAUCAUUGAUACAACUGACACAUCAGUAACCUUGGCCUGGCUCAAGCCGGAGCAUGAUGGAGGAAGCCGUAUCACAGGCUACUGUGUGGAGGGAAAGGCUAAAGACACUGAUAAAUGGGUUGUUUGUGGCACAACAAAAAACCUAAGUCUUGUAAUUGAAAAACUUGUUGAGAACAGCGAGUAUGAAUUCCGAGUCAAGGCAAAGAAUGAUGCUGGGUUCAGUGUACCAAGGGAAGCUUUCUCUCCAGUCAUCAUUAAAGAGCCACGAAUUGAACCUACUGCUGAUCUCAGUGGCAUCACCAAUCAGCUUGUUACAAGCAGGAUUGGUGAAUCUUUUGAGAUUGAUGUUCCAAUUAGUGGAAGACCAACUCCAAAGAUAUCCUGGAAGCUUGAGGAAAUGAAGCUGAAAAAUACUGAUAGGGUGUCCAUCAAGUCUACAAAAAACAGGACCACUUUUACUGUUAAAGAAAGUAUGCGGGGUGAUGGAGGCAGAUAUUUCCUCACUCUUGACAAUGUAGCAGGUUCAAAGACUUUCACCAUAACUGUUAAUGUUAUUGGCAGACCAAGCCCUCCAGAGGGUCCAAUUGACAUUUCCUCAAUUACAUCAGAAUCAUGUGUAAUCUCAUGGAAUCCACCAGAUGAUGAUGGUGGAACAGACAUCACAAAUUACAUUGUUGAGAAGCGUGAAUCUGGAUCCACUGCUUGGCAACUUAUUAACUCAAGCGUAAAGCAGACUACUUUCCAUGUUUCACAUCUAACUAAAUAUAUGCAGUACACUUUCCGCAUCUGUGCUGAAAACCGUUUUGGCGUGAGCAAACCAACAGAAUCUGAGACGAUUGUUGCAGAGCAUCCAUUUGUUCCUCCAGGCCCUCCAACAAGCCCGGAAGUGUUCUCUGUAACCGCUAACAGCAUGAGCAUUCGUUGGGAAGAACCAUACCAUGAUGGAGGCAGCAAGGUCACUGGAUACUGGAUUGAAAAGAAGGAGCGUAACACAAUUCUCUGGGUGAGAGAAAACAAGAUUCCCUGCUUCGAAUGCUACUACAAGGUGGAAGGCCUUGCUGAGGGACUUGAAUAUCAAUUCAGAGUGUAUGCAAUGAACAGUGCUGGCCUCAGCAAAGCCAGUGAAGCAUCAAAGAGAGCUGUGGCACAAAAUCCAGUUGAUCCUCCAGGAAAACCAGAAGUUACAAAUGUAUCGAGAUCAACAGUCUCAAUCAAAUGGUCUGUGCCCCUAAAUGAUGGUGGAAGCCCAAUCACAGGCUACAUUGUUGAGCGCAAGCCAUAUACUGUCACUGGAGAAGGUCGCUGGCUCAAGUGUAACUACACUAAUGUCACUGACACAAAUUUCACAAUAACUGCAUUGGGAGAGGGGGAAGAAUAUGAAUUCCAUGUCAUUGCAAAAAAUGCCAAUUGCGUGUUGAGCCUGCCAUCAGUUUCAACAGGACCAGUGACUUGCAAAGCAGAAUACACUCCUCCUAAAGCAGAGCUGGACAGCAAACUCCUUGUCGACACAGUUACAAUAAGAGCUGGAUCUGAUCUGGUCCUGGAUGCUGCUGUUGGUGGAAAACCUGAGCCAAAAGUCAGCUGGGCCAAGGGUACAAAAGAGCUAGAGCUUUGUGAAAAAUAUGCUCUCCAGUACUCUAGUACCCGUGCUAUGGCAAUAAUUAAGUUCUGUGACAGAGAUGAUACUGGGAAAUAUGUUCUGACAGUUAAGAAUGCAAGUGGAACAAAGACAGCUGAGGUCAAUGUUAAAGUACUUGAUACACCUGGUCCCUGUCAGGAGAUUACAGUAAGCAAUGUAUCUGAGGAAAAAUGCACAGUUUCUUGGAAAGUGCCACUAGAAGAUGGUGGUGACCCCAUCACUCAUUACAUUGUUGAAAGAAGGGAUACCAACAGACUUAACUGGGUUAUUAUGGAAGCUGAAUGCAAAGCCCUAACGUGUGAAGUUAAACGACUUUUCAAGAAUAAUGAAUAUAUCUUCCGCGUAAGAGGUGUGAACAAGUAUGGAUCUGGUGUACUUGUACAGUCCAAUCCCAUCUUUGCCAGAAACACAUUCACGGCCCCAUCACCCCCUGGAGCACCAGAGAUUCUUGCAGUUGGAAAAGACUUUGCAACAAUUGAGUGGCUGAAGCCUGAGAACGACGGUGGCAGUGAAAUCACUAACUAUUUGAUUGAAUUCCGUGAAAGAAAGAGUGUUAGAUGGAUCAAGGUUAACAGAGAUUCUAUUCUCAAGGACACCUCCUUUAAAGUCACAGGUCUCCAUGAAGGCAACAUUUACCAGUUCCGCAUUACAGCCAUGAAUGCUGCUGGUGAUAGUGAACCUAGUGAAUUGUCAAUGUAUGCAGUAUGUAGAGAACCUACAGGCACUCCAGAUCCACCUUCAAUUCCACGGGUUACAGACACGCACAAAGACAAUAUUAGUCUUGCCUGGACACGACCAAUUGAAGAUGGUGGUGCUGAUGUCAUUGGUUAUGUUCUCGAGAUGCAAGAAGCUGGUGCAGAAGAAUGGACAAAAGUACAUGAGAAGAACCUUAGGGUGACAGAACACACAGUCGUAGGCCUUUUAUCUGGCAAAAAGUACUGUUUCAGAGUUGCAGCAGUCAAUGUAAAUGGAAUAGGUGACUUCAGUGAUCCUUGCGCAGAGACUGAGCCUGUAGAAAGAAUUGAAAUACCUGACCUUGAGCUGUCUGAUGAACUUACAAAGACAAUUUGUCUGAGAGCUGGAAGUUCCCUGCGCCUGCAUGUUACAGUCACUGGUAGACCGAUCCCAACUGUAACCUGGAGCAAACCUGGUGUGGACCUGCAAAAUCGUGGCUUUAUUGAAGUGACCAAUACUGCCACAACUCUCAUUAUUGACAAGGUUCACCGGUAUGAUGCUGGCAGAUAUACAAUUGAAGCAUCAAAUUCAGCUGGAAAGAAAGAUGCAAGCAUCCUUGUCAAAAUCUAUGAUACACCUGGUCCACCUGGUCCAAUUAAGAUGAAAGAACUCACAAAAGAUUCUGCUCAUAUUACAUGGGAUGCUCCUGAGGUUGAUGGUGGAGCACCAGUCAACAACUACAUUAUUGAAAGACGAGAGGCAUCAAUGAGAGCAUACAAAACUGUCACAUCCAAAUGCAGCAAGACAUCAUAUAAAAUUACUGGUCUGACAGAAGGAAUGCUCUAUUACUUCCGAGUCCUCCCAGAGAAUAUCUAUGGGAUUGGAGAACCUUGUGAGACAGGUGAUGUUGUGUUGGUGUGUGAAGUUCCAUUACCACCAGCCAAACUUGAAGUUGCAGAUGUAACCAAGUCCACUGUAUCGCUUGCAUGGGAGAAACCUUUACAUGACGGAGGUAGCAGAAUCACUGGCUACAUUGUUGAGGCUUGUAAGGCUGGUACUGACAAGUGGAUGAAGGUGGCAACAUUGAAACUUACAGACUUUGAGUUCACUGUUGUGUCACUGAAUGAAACUGAGCAGUACCUCUUCAGGGUACGUGCUGUCAACAGCAGAGGACCUGGUGAGCCAAAAGAAAUUGUGACAGCUGUGACAGUUCAAGAACAACGAGUCAUGCCAAAAGUAGAUUUCUCAGCUAUUCCACAGAAGAUGAUCAGUGUUUUGGCAGGCAAACCCCUUCACCUUGACUUGCCAAUCAUAGGAAGACCACCACCAGUUUGCUCAUGGUUUUUCAAUGACAACAGGUUAAAGAUUGUAGAGCGUGUGAAGAUAAAGUCAACUGGAAAAUUCUCCAAGUUAACUAUUCUUGACACCACCAUUGAUGACAGUGGUGUGUAUACUCUUGAGGUGAAAAACGUAACAGGAGUAAUUACUGAAAACAUCAAAGUCAUCAUUCUUUCUAAACCUGAUGAGCCUCAAGGACCUAUCCGAUUUGAUGAAAUUGAUGCAACAUCAGUCACAAUAAGCUGGGAUCCACCUGCAAGAGAUGGUGGUGCACCAAUUAGCAACUAUGUGGUUGAACAACGUGACGCUCAUCGGCCAGGAUGGGUACCAGUGUCUGAAUCAGUGAGCAGACCAACAUUCAAAUUUGACAGAUUGACGGAAGGUGAUGAAUAUGUGUUCCGUGUAGCAGCAGCCAAUCGGUAUGGUACUGGAGAGUACUUACAAUCAGAGGUCGUAAUGUGCAAAAGCUCCAAAUCCAUUCCUGGGCCACCCGGAAGACCCAUUGUCUUUGAUGUAUCACGUGAUGGCAUGACUGUUGCAUGGGAGCCACCAGAUGAGGAUGGAGGCUUAGAGGUUUCUGGCUACAUUAUUGAACGCAAGGAGGUCAGAGCUGAUAGGUGGAUCCGUGCUAAUAAAAAUCCAGUAACAAUGACAAGAUACAGAUCCACUGGUUUAAUUGAAGGCCUGGAAUAUGAGCACCGAGUGACUGCCAUCAAUGCUCGUGGUGUUGGAAAACCUAGCCUUCUUUCAAAACCAGCUGUAGCAACUGAUCCAGUUGAUCCACCUGGAUCACCUCAAAAUCCAAGAGUCACCGAAACUACAAAAUCUUCUGUGUCCUUGGCCUGGAGUCCUCCUGAUGAGGAGGGUGGUUCUAAGGUUACAGGCUAUCUAAUUGAGAUGCAAAAGGCUGGUUCUGUAACAUGGAUGAAAUGCAACACAACACCUUCACUGAUCUGUGAAUAUACUUUGACACAAAUGCCACAAGGAGAGGAAUUCAAAUUCCGUGUCAUGGCUUGUAAUGCUGGUGGACCAGGUGAACCAGCUGAAGUACCAGCAGCUGUGACUAUAACAGAGAUGCUUGAUCCUCCAAGUUAUGAUCUUGAGGCAAAAUACAAAGAUGUCCUUGUAGUCAGAUCUGGAGGAGUAAUAAAACUAUCAGUGCCCAUCAAAGGGAAACCUACUCCUACGAGCAAAUGGACCAAGGAUGGAUCAGAGGUGACCAGCCGUGCAAUGAUUGCCUCCAAUGAAGAUGUAUCUGAGCUUGUAAUCAAACAGGCUGAAAGAUCUGAUUCUGGUGUUUACUAUCUCCACCUGGAAAACAAGUGUGGUAAAAAGAUGCUUCCUAUAAAGGUCAAGGUUAUUGGUCGUCCAUCUGCACCUGAAGGUCCUCUUAGAUUUGACGAUAUACAAGCACAUUCUGUAAGAGUUAGCUGGAAGCAGCCAAUGGAAGAUGGGGGUUCUGAAAUUGUUGGCUACAUUGUGGAGAGACGUGAAUCAACAAAAGCAGCUUGGUACACUGUUGACUCGCGGGUGGUUGACACUUCUCUUGUGGUUAAGGGACUAGAAGAGAAUGUUGAAUACCACUUUAAGGUGACAGCAGAGAAUCAGUUUGGAAUCAGCAGCUCCCUGAAAUCAGAGGAAACUGUUGCACCAAAGACUCCCAUCUGUGUCCCAGAGGCUUCAGGCACUCCACCAGAAAUUAUGGAUGUUACUAAGAGUUCUGCUGCUUUGGCUUGGACUAAGCCUAAAGAUGAUGGCGGAUCUCGUAUUACUGGUUAUUUUAUUGAGUACAAAGAAGUGUCAUCUGAUAAGUGGAUUCGUCAUGAGACAAAGAUUAUCUCAACAAUGCAUACUCUUAGUCAGCUCACUGCUGAUGCUGAGUAUCAGUUCCGUGUAAUUGUUGUUAAUGACAUUGGAGAGAGUGAACCAGGACCGGCAUCAGAUUCAGUAAUAUGCAAAGACCCAUUUGAUAAACCAAGCCAGCCAGGAGAAAUUGACACUAUGACUGUAACCAGAGAUUACAUUACAAUUAACUGGGAGGCUCCAUCGUGUGAUGGUGGAAAACCAGUCCUCGGCUACUGGAUUGAAUACCGAAAGUCUGGAGACAGUGCUUGGAAAAAAUGCAAUAAGGAGCGUACAAAGGACAAACAGUACACGCAGGGUGGACUACAAGAGGCAACUGAAUAUGAAUUCAGAGUAUUUGCUGAAAAUGAAACCGGAAUCAGCAGACCACGCAGAACAGCAACUGGCAUCAAAACUAAACUGAGUGCUGGAACUAAACCAGCUCUCAGGAAGGAAAUGGAUGAAGUCACUGCCAAACUUGGACAGACCGCAACUCUCAAAUGUCAGAUCAUUGGAAGACCUGUUCCAGAAAUUAAAUGGUACAAGGGUGGAAAGGAAAUCAAAGAAGGUCGCAAAUAUGCAGCAACCUCUGAUGGCCGCAACCAUACUCUAACCAUUUCAACAGAUCAACAGGAGGAUGAGGGUCUUUACACAUGCAAAGCUGUGAAUGAAGCUGGUGAAUGUGAGACCAGUGGAGCUCUGGUCCUUGAAGCAGCACCACUGUUCCCAGUUCCACUGAAAGACAAAAUCUUUGCAACAUGUGGUAGCACAGUACGCAUACAUGUGGUUUACAUUGGCCGACCUCAACCUAAGAUCAUGUGGCUUUAUGGAACCAAAGCAUUGGAGCCCUCUGAGAAUGUGAUAAUUGAAAAUACAGAGCAUUACACUCAUUUGAUUCUCAAGAAUGUACAACGCAGACUAAAUGGAGGAAAAUACAGAAUCAGGAUCAAUAACCAUUUCGGGGCUGCAGAUACUGUAACUCAAGUUGAAAUUUUAGAUAAACCUGCUAUGCCAGAAGGUCCACUUGUUCUUGAUGCUCUGUUGAAGAAUUCUGUGAUUAUUAGUUGGAAAGCACCCAAAGAUGAUGGAGGAUCUAUGAUCACAAAUUACAUCGUGGAAAAGCGUGAAGACAAAGAAGGAGCAGAGUGGGAACUAGUUUCAUCAUCCAUCACAGGCACUUCAUGCAGAAUUCCUAACCUUGUUGAAAAUGAGGGUUAUCACUUCCGUGUUUCAGCACAAAAUCGUUAUGGCAACAGUGAAUCACUGGAAACUCCAUCUGCCAUCCUCAUAAAGAGUCAGCUAGAGAGACCAGGAGCUCCAUUAAAACCAGUUGUUUCAGGCAUUACCAAAAACUCUUUUGUUGUGUCUUGGAAGCCACCACUCAGUGAUGGAGGUUCUAAAAUUAAGAACUAUUGUCUUGAAAAGCGAGAUAGGAAGAAGGGUGAAUGGGUUCCAGUUACAACAGAUGAAAUUCACCAGACUGUUUAUUCUGUCAAGGGCCUGACAGAAGGUGUAGAAUAUGAAUUCAGAGUGAAAUGUGAAAAUCUUGGUGGAGAAAGUGAUUAUAGUGAAAUAUCUGACCCCGCCAUUCCAAAGACUGAUGUUGAUGUGCGUGCACCUGCAUUCAAGGAAGACCUCAGAAACCUGAGUGUAAAAUUCAAGAGCAAUGCAACAUUUGUCUGCAAGAUAACCGGACAACCUAAGCCUGUAAUAAAAUGGUUUAAGCGUGGUAAGGAAAUUCAAGCUGAUGGCACCAAAAUUAAGGUUCAAGAAUUUAAGGGGGGCUACCAUCAGCUUGUUAUUGCUGAUUGCGAAGCAGAAGACUCAACUGUAUAUCAGAUCAGAGCAACCAACCAGGGUGGAUCCAUUUCUGCUACUGUUUCUCUAGAUGUUGAAAUCCCUGCUAAGAUUCAUCUACCCAAGAAUCUGCAAGGAAAGGAGGCCAUCCCUGCCCUCCGUGGUGAAGUGGUGAACAUCAAGAUCCCAUUCAGUGGAAAACCAGAUCCAGUUAUCACUUGGCAGAAAGGACAAGACCUUCUUGAUAAUGAUGGACACUAUCAAGUUAUUGUUACACGAUCCUUUACAUCUCUUGUAUUUGCAAAUGGAGUAGAAAGGAAUGAUGCUGGUUUCUACAUAGUCUGUGCCAAAAACAGAUUUGGAAUUGACCAGCAAACAGUCGAACUUGACGUUGCAGAUGUGCCUGAUCCACCGCGUGGUAUCAAAGCCAGUGAUGUUUCAAGAGAUUCUGUAUCACUCAACUGGAUAUCACCUGCUAAUGAUGGUGGAAGUAAAGUAACAAACUACAUCAUAGAAAAGUGUGCAACCACAGCAGAAAGAUGGAUUCGUGUUGGCCAGUCUCGUGACACCCAUUAUACUGUUGUCAAUCUGUUUGGAAAGACAAGUUACCAAUUCCGUGUCAUAGCUGAGAAUAAAUUUGGCCAGAGUGGACCAUCUGAGCCAAGUGGGCCUGUUGUAACUAAGGAAGACAAAUCAAGAGUUCUUAACUAUGAUGAGGAGGUUGAUGACACCAGGUCAGUAUCCAAAGGCAAAGCUCCUCAUUCGGAGGCUAAAAAUGUUCACAACAAAUACAUGAUUGCUGAAGAACUUGGCCGUGGACAGUUUGGAAUUGUUCACCGGUGUAUUGAGACCAGCUCUGAGAAAACUUACAUGGCUAAAUUUGUCAAAGUUAAAGGUGCAGAUCAGACACUAGUGAAAAAAGAAAUUGCAACACUGAAUGUGGCACGCCACAAGAACUUCUUGUUACUCCAUGAGUCAUUUGACAGCCCUGAAGAACUAGUUAUGAUUUAUGAAUUCAUCUCUGGUGUGGACAUAUUUGAGCGCCUUGGCACAGCCAACUUUGAGCUCAGUGAGUGCGAAAUUGUUAACUAUAUUCGACAAGUGUGUGAAGGUCUUGAAUUCCUUCACAGCAAGAGUUAUGGCCAUUUUGACAUUAGGCCUGAAAAUAUAGUGUACACCACAAGAAAGGGAAAUAACGUCAAGAUUAUUGAGCUUGGGCAAUCUAGGCAUCUAACACCUGGUGACCAAAUUAAGAUUCAGUACACAACAGCUGAGUUUGCAGCACCAGAAAUUCAUCAAAAUGAGAUGGUUAGCACAGUGACAGAUAUGUGGUCUGUUGGUGUCCUUGUCUAUGUGCUUCUCAGUGGACUUAACCCAUUUGCUGCUGAAACCAAUCAGAGAAUGAUUGAGAGCAUUUGCAAUGCUGAGUACAGUUUUGAAGAUGAAGCCUUCAAGCAUGUAAGUGUUGAAGCAUUAGACUUUAUUGACCGCCUACUAACCAAAGAGCGCAAGCAUCGUAUGACAGCUGCUGAGGCAUUGAAUCAUCCUUGGCUGACAAUGGGCUCUGAGCAGCUAAGCUCUAGGUCCAUCAAGAUUACGCGUCAUAAGAGAUAUUACCAAGCUAUGGUGAAGAAAGAAUGGAACACUGUUGUCUCAUCUGCUCGUGUUGCCAGUGGUGGAUCUAUCAGAAGUCAGCGAGGAGUAACAGUCUCUAAAGUGAAGAUUGCACCAUUUGAACAUGGACCAGUUGCAGGACAAAUUAAACACAGCAUAGCCAAUGAAGGUGAUGAUAUCAAAUUGAUUUGCAAUAUUGACAAUUAUGACAGCACUACAGAAGUUACAUGGUACUGUGGAGUAAGACAACUAGAAGAAGGUGCUAGAUGUGAAAUCACUUAUGAAGAUGGACUUGCUACCAUAACUAUCAAGGGAAUCACCAGAACAGAUGAUGGAACAUACAGAUGUAAAGUUGUCAAUGAGUAUGGUGAAGACAGCGCGUAUGCUGAGCUCUUUGUCAAAGGGGUAAGAUCCUAUCGUGAGUUCUACACUGCGCGUGUAGUAAAGAAAGUUAAACGCAGAGUUGACACAGCAAGACUACUCCAAAGACCUCCUGAGUUUACUUUGCCAUUGUGCAAUCGCACUGCUUACAUUGGAGAGGAUGUGCGCUUUGGUGUCACCAUCACAGUACAUCCUGAACCCCGUGUAAUAUGGUUGAAAAACGGACAAAAGAUUAUGCCAGAUGAUGAUGACAAGAAGUACACAUUAGUUAGUGACAAAGGCCUGUAUCAGUUAGUGAUUCGCAAACUUGACCCAGAUGAUGAUGCAGAAUAUUCUGUUGUUGCACGCAACAGAUUUGGUGAUGACAGUUGCAAGGCUCGUCUCACAGUAGUCCCUCGUCCUUCUCCUGCUGAUAACACCUUGAGACCUAUGUUCAAACGCCUUCUUGCUAACUUGGAAUGCAAAGAAGGCCAGAGUGUACGUUUUGAAAUGCGAGUGUCCGGACAUCCUUCAUUGAAAUGGGAGAAAGAUGGUAUGCCUUUGGCAUUUGGUCCACAAAUUGAAGUUGUGCAUGAAGGCUUAGAUUACUAUGUCUUACACGUAAGAGGCACUCUUCCAGAAGAUUCUGGCACAUACAGAGUCACUGCAACUAAUACAGCAGGGUCUGCAAGUUGUCAAGCCACACUCAAGGUUGAACGUGUGACACAUGUCAGGAAGGAGGAGAGUGAGGAAGAAAAGAAGAAGCAGCAUGAUCUUGAACAGCAAGAGAUGGACAAGAAAGUAAGACUUACUCAGAUACUGGCAGGGGCAGAUGUUACCCCACUUACCCCAGUUGCACAACAGGCACUUAGAGAAGCUGCAACCAUGUUCAAGCCAGCAAUCACUACCAAGAAAGGAAAGAGUGAAGCUGAGGAAGCCAAAGAGAAAGAAGAGAAAAAGAAGAGAGCAGAAGAAAAGAGGUUGAGAAUGCCUUAUGUUGUUCCUCCACCUCGUGUUGUUGCUCCUACUGCUCUUGAGGAGGACAAUGAAAUCAAACACUUUGUGCCAUUCUCUGAUAUGAAAUGGUACAAAAAACUCCGUGAUCAAUAUGAGUUCCCAGAGCCAAUGGAAAAGUUCCCCCAGAAAAGACUUAAGCGCAUACGUUUGUCAAGGUGGGAUAAGUUCUAUGAAGUACCCCUGCCAAGAAUUAAAGACCAAUACAAGUCAAAGUGGCAUAUUCCUGUUUCACAGGAUGACCUCGAGACUGUAAGACCAGCAAGACACCGAACACCUUCUCCGGAAGUGGAGGCUUACUACAGAAUCAGGAGACGCUCUCUGGGUGAUCUUUCUGAUGAGGAACUGCUUUUGCCUGUUAAAGAAUACCUCUCAAUGAAGAUAACAGAGGAAGAAAGGCUAAAACUUGAAGAUGAACUCGAGCUGGGCUAUUCUGCUUCUCCACCAAGUCUGAGUCCAGUAAGGUUUGAGCUUUCUGCACUGCGUCACCCAUCACCUAAGAGAGUUGCAUAUGAUGAGGAAGAAGGGGAGGAAGUUCCAACAUACGACUCCUAUCGUAUUCCAUCAAAAUAUGAGGCUGGUCCAAGCUAUAUUGACUUGCGUCAACGUCACGACAAGGCAACUUACAGACCUCCAAGAGAAAAGCAAAGACUUUAUGAGGAAAAAGAGGACCAAGAACUGCUUAGGUCAGUAUCUACCACAACAAAGUUAACUUCCUACAAGAGCAAGCUGCAACACAUUGAGUUUGAGGAGAAAACAAAGGUCAAAAGAAAAGAGAAAACAAGAGCUUCCGUGUCAGUGAUUGGGAGUACAGUUACAACUGAUAUACCUUCAUCAUUCUCUCUUGGCUAUGCUCCAGUAACUGGUCCUAAAAAACCUUCUGCAACUGUGGCAGAAAAGGUAGCCAGAAGAGCUUCACCUGAAAAGACACGCCCACGUUCCCCCAGCCUUGAUUCCACCGAAAAAGCAGUCACUUCACCAGACUUGUCAACAAAAAUCGACUAUAUGUCAAGGUAUGAGUCAAGGAAAAAAGCCCUAAAAACUGAGAGGAAGUUUGAAAUGGUGACUCAGCAGCCUUUUACUCUUGACCAUGCUCCCAGGGUGACUGUAAGAAUGCGUUCUCACAGAGUGCCAAUCGGUCAAAACACUAAGUUCACACUGAAUGUCCAGUCUAAGCCAGAAGCACAGAUUAAAUGGUACCACAACGGACAGCAGAUUGAAGAAAGCAGAAAAUACCGUAUGUUUAACAUGAGUGGUGUUUUGUCUCUUCAAAUCAUUGAUUGCCAGGAAGAGGACAGUGGCACCUACCGUGUCGUCUGCACAAAUGAAAAGGGAGAGGCCUCUGAUUAUGCCACUCUUGAUGUUGCUGGGGGUGGAUUUUCUGCAUAUGCCUCACAACGCAAAGAUGAGGAGCCACCAACUCCCUUUGUCCCAGAGAUGACUAAAACAGAUGUUUAUCACAUUUCAUCCACAAAAGCAGCAACUGUUUCAGAAACACAAGUGGAAGUAUCUGAAACUAAAACAGAAAAGAUAGAAGAGACUAUAGAGACUGUUGUUCAUGAGACGCAGGCAACAUCUGAGAUUAAACUGGAAGCCUUUGAAGUGACAGAAAUUAAGGAAGUUGAGGUUGAGAAAAUGUCUGAGACCCGUCUUGAAGCAACAGAAGUAACAACAACAACUACUGUUGUUGAAGAAGUAGUUGAGAAAAAGAAGCCAACUCUUCCAGCUACAAUUCUGACUAAACCACAAUCAGUCACAGUAUCAGAGGGAGAAUCUGUCAAAUUCACUUGUGACGUUGAUGGUGAACCUGCACCCUCUGUAACAUGGAUGCGAGAGGCGCAGAUUAUUGUAUCAUCUCAUCGUCACCUUAUUACCUCAACUGAAUAUAAAUCUACCUUUGAGAUUAAUAAGGUAGAAAUGUCAGAUGGGGGUAAUUACACUGUAGUGGUAGAGAACUCUGAAGGUAAACAGGAAGCACAGUUCAGUCUAACUAUCCGUAAACCAACACCCGUACAGAAGGUUGUUGCUUCACCUCCAAGAGUAAAGUCUCCAGAAUCUCCCCGUAUAAAGUCACCAUUUGGAAUUAGGUCUCCACAAAGGAUUAAAUCGCCUGAACCAAUCAAAUCUCCAACAAGAGUUAAGUCUCCACCCAUGGUAAAAUCUCCUACUCCAAAGGAUAAAACGUCCAAGCCGAGCUUCUUAACAGAACUAAAAGACAUCUCGGCCUCUGCGGAUACUAUUGUAAAGCUCACAGUGAAACUCUCUGGUGACCUUAAACCAUCAAUCUCCUGGAUGAAGGAUGGAAAGAACCUCUCUCAAGGUGGUAAAUAUGAAAUCUUUGAAGAACAUGGUUCAGCACAUCUUGAAAUCUAUGAUGCUGAUCUCUCAGAUAGUGGAGUAUACACAUGUACAGCCCUAAACAGUGUUGGAUCUGUUUCUACAAACUGCACUCUAACCAUUAAAGCACGAACAACAGCAGUUGCCUUGGAAAGAAAAUCAGAGUUGACAGAAGAAAUUGUGAAAAAGGAGAAUACCUAUGAGGAAGUGCAGUCCUUUACAGAAAUUAAAGCAUCAAAAACCCAAAUGACAAUAAGUCAAGGUCAAACUGUUACACUACGAGCAAACAUCCCUGAAGCCUCUGAUGUGAAAUGGAUCCUGAAUGGAGCUGAGCUAUCAAAUUCAGAAAACUACAGAUACGGUGUGUCAGGAAGUGAUCACACUCUGACAAUUAAAAGCAUAAGCCACCAUGACCAGGGAAUUCUCACAUGUGAAGCCAGAACCGAACAUGGUGUGGUUAAGUGCCAGUUUGACAUGACUGUCAGUGCGACGCGUUCUGGUUCACCAAGUUUCCUUGUGCAACCACACUCCCAGAAUGUUAAUGAGGGACAAAAUGUCACAUUCACAUGCGAAAUCACUGGUGAACCUUCUCCUGAAAUUGAGUGGCUCAAAGAUAAUGCAGUUAUAUCUAUCACAUCAAACAUGAAACUGAGCCGGUCUAAAAAUGUUUACACACUUGAGAUUCACAACGCUACCAUUGAAGACAGUGGAAAAUAUACAGUAAAAGCUAAGAACAAAUUUGGACAGUGCUCAGCAACAGCAUCACUGAAUGUCCUCACUCUGGUUGAGGAACCUGCAAGAAUGAUAAUUAUGGAGAAAGCCUCUGAUGCUACAAGCAUGCAGGGCAGUUUUUCUGCCAAGCACGUGGUUUCAAAAAUGCAAGAAACGUCCUUCAGCAGUUCCAGCAUGUCUGAGGUUUCAUUUGAGAGCAUGUCAGCGUCUAGCAUGACCUCCAUGACUUCUGAAAGAAUGCUAGCUAUGAGUUCCAGCAGUAUGAUGGCAAUGUCCAGUCACUCGCAUGUUGAGGGAUCAUCCAUCAAAGCCAUUUCUCAUGGCCGCAAAGGUAUACCACCAAAGAUUGAGGCUGCACCUCAAGAUAUCAGCAUUGAGCCAGGAAAGGUGCUUUCUGUAGCUUGUGCCUUCACUGGAGACCCAACUCCUUGCAUAGAGUGGUCACAUUCAGGGAAAACCCUUUCCAGCAAGGAGGAAAGUGGACGAUUGCAGAUUGAGAAUUCUCAGGAUGUCACCACUCUUUUUAUAAGUGCAGUGAAAGAGACUGAUGCUGGUGCAUACACCUUGAAACUUUCUAAUGAGUUUGGAUCUGAUACCACUACUGUCAAUGUCAGCAUUCGAUCGAUGUAAAAAAUUAUAUAAUAGUAAUACAGUCCUCGCCCUAUUUCCCUCAUUCAAAUCCUUUUUAUUUAUAGAAUGAGAAAAAAUAAGUAAUACUCCGCUCUUGAUAAAGACCUGGAUUUCUGUUCUUGUAAAUAUGAACUAUUUUUAUACCAAACUUGACAUUCAUUUAUGCCAAACUAGACUAAAGUCUAAAGCUGUUAUAAAAUGUGCCAUAUUGGAUAAUUAUGACCGUAAGUUCUGCACCAUUUUGUGACAUGUACAUAAUGUAUAUAGCCGAAUUUAACGGUUAUGAAAAAAUGUAUGCAAUGUUAUUUAUGACAAUAUUAACAAAUGAAACAAAAGGAACUAAAUGUUUAUCAGGAGAAAGUUUCACAUGGAACGAAUACCCUGUAAAACCUGAAACGAAACGAAACUAUGUGCCUCAACAAUAAGUUGAAGUCUUAAGAUUGCCUCAACAGGUAGAGAGGCUCCCUGUUGACGUUUACUAAAAUCAGAGAGACUAAGCCAUGCGCUGCACAUUUAUGUGUGCAGUAAUGCAGUACACAAGAAUUUAUGACUUGAAUGUAAGACCUUGAGUGCUGUUUGCAUUUUACCCUCAUGUAAGCAGGACAACUGGGUCUUGUGUUCAGAGUGACAAAGUCAUACCGCCAUUUUAAUGACAAACUCAAUGUGCGAGCGGCCUGCACACUGAGUUAAUAAUAAUGUACGUGCACUGUUUCUGUCGAAAGACUGUUUGAAUUUAGCUUUUACAAAACUACCAUCACCUGGCCAUUAAUUGUAAACUCAAUUCAAGUACUCCUUUGCAGAACCCGUGCCAGCUCUUGGAGGAUUGCUAGGUUCUAUUUUGUGUGUUUUUGUGUGUGCUAGUAUAGUAGACCAUGUGCUGUGCAAAGAAAAGAGAGAUACAUGAAUGUAAUAUCCUGCACAUUGAUUGAUUAGAAUUAAUUUAUGUAGUAUUACCCAUAUAUUCAGCCUCCUUGAGUUUUAUGAAUUACUGAUUUAAUAAAGCAUGUUUUCAGCACUAUAAA